AUGGGCAAAGUGGACUACUUCCAUGUUGUCUUUCAAGAUGGUAAGACAACUUUUUUCCCCGGCGAAGUUCUUAACGGAACGGUGAACUUAAAAGUGAACAGUGAGUUAAAACUCCGAGGGAUUCGAAUCGAGUUCCAUGGAGUCGCCAAUGUCUUCCUUUCCGCAGGCGAUCAACGAAGGAAGAAACCCGCGAACAGUGAAGUGUAUAUUGACCUUGUAGCAACGUUAUAUGGAAAAGGUAAGUACAGUAUGUUUUCUACAUAUUUUUUUAUUAUUAUUCUCGAAUCUUCUAGGCAACUUGCUGACUUCAAAAUCAGUCAACCUUUAUCACCUUAUUGUAUUUAACAAUAAACAUCCAAUGUUUAUUAUACUUCAUUAGCUUUCAUUUAUCUUUAGUAAAAAAAAGGUUUAGUCUGUUCUUAGGUUUUUGAACAGCAAAUGUAAUUCAACAAGCUAUAUAUAAAAUGCCAAUACCUACCUGUAAUUAAUUUCCUUGUAUUAGGGCCUUAAUUCACAUGAGCCCCGGUUGGCCGGGCUGGCCUCGUCUUAUCCUUUGUAAAUUUUCGAUGUGUUCACAUGACAAGGGGGGCUGGCUCAGUUGCCGAGAUCUUCGUUUUUCCAAACCGAUAUCACGGUAAGCCCGGUGAUCAGGAUGAAAGCGGGAUGAAUUUUGAUGGUCCGGAUGGUAUUGUCUUGCAUUGCCUGCUGUAUUUUCCACAUUAUAAGCAUCCCAUUUAACUGCAGUAAUACAACUUUAAGAGUUGCCAAAGCUAUGAUAGGCAUGAAAGUUACAGGGGGUGACAGCUCUAACAAGGGCUGUUUCGGGAGAAAAAAAAAAUUAUUCCGGGAAUCUGGAGAGUUUGCCGGGAAUCGGGAAACCUGGGAAAUGUUUCGGGAAAUAUGAGAUAUUUUCGGGACAUUGAGCAAAGAUUUGAUAUUACAUGUUAUGAAACAAUAUAUAUAUACAGUGAUAUGCACCCAGUGUAUGCGCUGUAUUCUAUGUAUUUUGACACUUGAAAACGGCUGAACUCCCCAUGAUAUGAAAAGACCAAUCAGCAACGUUUUCAACUAAAAUAGCAUGAAGUUCAAGUGCGAUUGACCACGUGCAAUCUCCAGCGGAUUGACCCAAGAACCGUACUGGUGCAAGGUACAUACUAUCAGUUCACACCAGAUCCCAUCAUUCAUUAGUUCAGGGGUAUUUUUAUGAUGCACGUUAACGAGUUUUAAGAGCACAUUCCACUGAUUGCAUACUGGAAAACUUGAAAGAAGUAUGUAAGAAGUGUGUAAGAAAAAAACGAAACUCAUUUAACCUUGUUAAACACAAAUGAGGCCAUAAAAAGUAGUAUGUCUGUGAAGACUAAUUAGUCAUCCUGAUCUCGUCGGGGUCCUUCCGAUUUUGCUCGAAAAUCCCGAAUCCUGAUCAAUAUGUAUUCGGGAUAGGAAAAUUUCGGAUUUCGACAGUUUUUCUGAAAUUUUCAAAUAAAUUAAUAUGAUACUCAUACAAUGACACCACACAGAGUAUACUUAGCUGAAAGUGAUAUCCAGAGCAAUUUCAAAAACCGCACGACUUGUAUAAAAUAAAAUUGACUACUUCUACGCGAAGUCACGCCAACAAAAAUAAGCAUAAAAAGGACAAUUGAUUUAGAGAACAUUUUGGACAGAAUUUAGCCUCUCAGAACACUAAAAAUGGCGUUUCAGAGGACCAAGAUUUCAAAAUUUUCUGGGGGAGCAUGCCCCCAGAACCCCCUAGUGGUUGGCCCCUUCAAUGCUCGUCUGAUUCAUCGGUGAUUAAAAAACAAAAAAACACGAUUUUAUAUACUUAAAAAGUUUGACAGUCUUUCUGUGUUAACAUGAUACCCUCUAAACAGAAAAAUAACUAAGGUUAGAUAAUUAACAAGUUACAUAAUUAACAAGAACCUGCAAAAAAUCUCUAAUCAAAAUUUUAAUUUUAAUUGUUAAAACAAUUUUGGGAAGUUAAACAUUUAUGGAGAAUACCACCGAAAGAAUUCGGGAGGGUCGACAAAAUUUCCGGGAGGACAUGACGUUAUUCAUAGGACUGCCCAAACAGCCUUUGUUAGAGUUGUCACUCCCCUUAAAGUUAAAAUGUUUGUGUUUUGCCACGUUUCUCGAAUUUGGCACCAGAACUCUUCCCCACAAUCUUUGGCCUUUUCUCAUCUCAGAAACCGGGCUGAAACUUCUCAUAUGAACCCAUGGCGAAAUUAAGCCUGGUCAACCGGGCUCAUGUGAGGAGGCCCUUAGUCUGCAAUAGGGACUUUAAGAUCCAACGACGCAUCGGCCACGAGAACGUCGCUUAAAAAGUGUAUUUGCAUUCUUUCAGUCUUUACAGCGAUUAUUCUUACCCGCACAUACUUUGUCAAAACUAGGCGAACCCUCAUGAAGCUGAAUUUGAAGGGACCAUAUCCAAGCUCAGAAAGAGAAAUAAAAUUUCGUCGUUGCUUGUUUACGUCCUCCAUAAAACACGAAAUUAGGCAUUUUCACGUCUUAGUCGUGCAAAAACGGGAAAGAAAUGUACAAAAAAAGUGUGAUGCACGUGCAAAGCUGUUGUUUUUCUCAUAAAACCUAUUGUUUUUUUGAUGUGCUUGUUGCCGUCCGCAUCAUUGGAUCUUAAAGCCCCUAAUGAGUGUACAUGCAUGCACUGUUGGCCUUGUAGCAAUCACCCAGAACUUUUCAUUUCAAUGCAAAAUGUAAUUAGUGGUUUUGUUGUUGUACAGCUGUACAAGCAGUUCUAAAAUUUUGGAAAUAUUUUUGCCUUGAUGUUAACGAUUUUAUUCUGCAGUACCUGAUCAAGCAGGUGAAAACCCAGUCCUAGCUCCCGGAGAGUACAGUUUUCCCUUCCAGUUUCACACACCGGGUCAAAACUUACCAACAUCUGUUGAGGGGAAAUAUGGUCAUGUACGCUACUGGCUUAAAGCAUCUAUUGACCGUCCAUGGAGGUUUGACAUAACAAGCAAGUCCGUGUUUACCAUUAUUGAAUAUGUGGACAUAAAUAGAGACCAAGAACUUUUGGUGAGAAUCUAUAUUGACGAAAUGUGUUUCUUUAUAAGUUAUAACUACUACACUUACUAAUAGAUUAAUUAUGCUCUCUAGACACUAUUGGCUGGAUACGUUUUUAAAACUUAAGAGUUGCUGUGUUCAGAGGGAGGCUUAAUUGAUAGUCCAUAACUUACCCUCAAAUGUAGUGGUGUAACAAUUAAUUGAAUUCUCGAUUAAUCGCGAUUAUGACCAGUCAGUUCGAUUCACGAUUCUUUGCUUCCACAUUUCGAUUUUGGUUCGAUUUUUGCACACCUUUUCCAGAGUGCCCUCAGUGAGUUAUUAUAUUGUAAAAUCAGAAUCCGGAACUCUUUAAAAUGUGCGUUUUUGAUUGAUGAGCAAAGACAAUACCAGUUUGUGCGCCAUUUUGCGUUGCCUGGUAAAAAUGCCGUCCUUCAACCACCCCUUGAGAAUUUCCAAAUAAGGCAAACCAUGUGUGACACUCUCUUUGUCAGGUUCUCAAACAUGGCGACGAACCAAGCAACUGUGAAUCCUCCUGUCCCUGUUACUUUUCUCAAAUUGACGGUUUAGGGUUGCAUGUUGUUACCAUUACGCGUUAUGUUGUAAGAAUUAGGAAACAUUUACAUAAUCGAAUCGAAAUAACCGAAAAUCAAAAGGCAAUAAUCAAAAUCGAAUUGAAUCGCAAGGAAUAUGAAUCGUUACACCCCUACUCAAAUGCUGGGGACAUUUCCAUUUUCCUGAAGCAUCCCAGAUUUCUUUGAUGGUCAGCAAUCAUUUCAGACGUUUGAAAUCUCAGAUUUGUAGUGUUGGGUAUGUUCAGUUGAGUUUUGAUGGGUGAUCACUUUUGCCUGGAAACUGAUAUUAUUAGCUCUAGUCUUUCCCGUCAUAAAUCAAAAUGGUGUCUAGGGCAGACGGGAAUUUUUCCUGACAUAUCUGGAAAUUCUGGGACAGCUAGGUGGAAAAGAGUGAAAUGUCUGAUAGCCCAAGAUUUUCCCGACCACUUAGAAUCUGACCUAAUUUUGCUUUUAUGGACUGGAACAUGGUUAAAAUUUGCCAACUUAAAGUGAAAAAAUAAAAUUCAUUUUAGCAGCUGGGGUACAUCAUGAUAUCAGGACCCUGUUCCAUACAUCGUGAUAUUUAAUAACUUGGGUUAAGAGUCUCAUUCUUUAUACUUGGCAUUUUAUGAAACUAAGGGACUGGUCAAAAAGUAUAGGGGGGGUGGGCCGGAGCAUUUGGUAAUGUGGUCGAUAAAAAACACAUGACCCACCCCCUCCCUUCGGCACAAAAAUGACUGACCCACCCCUAAAGCAAGGUUGGAAAUUGCAUGACCCACCCCCUAGUUAAAACAUGGAUGUUUGGUUUCCUCUUAAUAAUCCAAUAAAACCUUGUUCUGUGCAUGAAAAAAUUUGUUGAUACACUGCUACAACCAACAUCAAAAUCACAGAAAUCAUACCUUUCACUGAAAAGAAAAAGGUGAAAAACCGAAUAUUUCUUGUUUUGAUGGACGUUAUGAGUCUUGACACAAAUAUACAGCAAAAGGGUAUAUUGAAAUUGUCUGUCGCAAGGCAUAUGAAAAUUUCUACAAAGACAACCCAUUCCUACAUAUUACUUGCCGGAAAUGCUUAGAUUAAUCGUGUCACCCUCCUAAUGUUAAAAAAGGAUUUGUCAAAGGAGAAGCCUUGAGAAUCCUACAAAAAAACUCCUCAGAAACAACCUUUGAGGAAGAUAAUUCAAAUUAAAAAAAAAACGCUUGAUGGACGGAGGCUACCUACAAUCUUUGAUAGAAAACCUACUAUCAGAAAUAAAAUUCACAAAAGGGACUCUAAACUCCUAAAACAAAACAACAAGGAGGAAAAAGAAAUAUUGCCAUUUGUGACACAAUACCAGUCCUCAGUGUCUACUAUAAAGGAAGCUUGAAUGAAAAAAUGGAAUCUUAUACAAAACCAACUAUUAAACUUCAAUAAAUUUUUAAAGAGCCACCAAUCAUUUCCUUACAAAAAAGGAAAAUCAUUAAAGGACAUGCUCGUUAGAGCAAAAAAAAAAAAAGGUUAACAUAGGGUUUCACGCCCAUAUAGAUGUGCGGCCUGUUCACCCUUUGUAUUUUCUCGCACAACAGGUUUGUGAGUAUUUUAGCAAUAAUUCCAGCUGGCUGUGUUUUAUAUAACAAGUGUAGUCUGCUCCGGCCCCCCCCCUCCUAUACUUUUUUACCAGUCCCUAAAAAGAAUUUUUUCUUAGAAUUUAGUGUAAUUUCAACCACUGAGAUCAGUUUUUGUCAUUCAGCGGCCAUGCCAAGUUGAGAAAGAAGAACAGUAUGGAUUUGCUUGCUUUUCUGGCCCGCUUAGUGUCACCGUCCAGACAGACAGAAAAGGCUUCUGCCCUGGGGAAUCAAUUGCUGUGUCUGCAUUUAUCAAUAACCAGUCAAGUUGCAAGAUCAAUGGUGUUGAGAUCGCACUUGUUCAGAUCUCUGUCUACACAAUCAAAGCUGGUAUGGUAUUUGUUUAUUUCUUAGAUCUUCAAAUGUAAUAUUAAUUUAUUAUGCCUUGAACAAUAGCUCCCUUUAGAAAUCUGUGCAUUGAGAAAAUGUGAAAGGAGCCCAACGCUCCAAACCUGUGCAAUCCAGGGUGCCCAACAUGUGAUUUCUAUGAAAAACUGAUAGUCACGCGGGAGCAAAAGACUUAGUUAGGUGCCAGGAGCCACCGGGUGCUGCGAGACUACGAGUUUGGUCAAUUUACAAGCCACCCAUGAGCCCAAGUCGACCACGAACCACAAACCAAGCAUGAGCCAACCUCAAGUCAAGCCCAACUAUAAUUGUUACAGUGUAGCGAUUACUUCUCACUAUUUAUUGGUUAGCUAAUGUACACAUUUUAUCGGACCAUGUUCACUUUGUACAUGGAUGUAGCCCUUAACAAAAUAAAUCAACUGUCCAUGAUCGUUUCACUUAAUUUCAUCCAUGUAAGUAAAUUUUAAACUCUCAUUACACGUGUAUUAUCAUAGUACUAAGAGAGACACAACAUCUGUAAGAUUUCUGGUUCAACAUAAUUUCUUGGUGUUUCAUGCACUUGAGACAACAUAGCAGAAUCUUUUAAGUAAACCUAUUAUUGACCUUUGACCUUGAUGUUUUAAUUUGUAGGCAAGCAUAAUAAGCGCUACUCGGAAGAUGUAGCCACAGUAAAAAGAGAUGAAAUAAGAGGCAGUGGGGAUCAUCACAUGGAGAUGGUGCCAUUUCCAAUCCCCUCCCUACCCCCCACAAUGUUAAGUUGUAGCUGUAUAAAGAUAACAUAUGAACUGAAGGUGACUGAUACAUCUUAAUUAUUUUGUCUGACUUAACAAUAGUGGUAUGCUUUAUCAGCACCUGGUCUCCCCUUACAACUUACCCAUCCCUGUGGGUGAUAAGGAAAAUAUGUCCCUGGAGUGACCAACAUGUCAGUUUUCCGUCAACAAUAUCAAUUCAAAAUCAAGAAAAAAAGCUUAUGAGAGUUAACAAAAUAUUUACUUAAGGAAAAAUGUGUUGGCCCCAUUUGUUCUAAAGGUGGAUGUAACAGUAUCCACUCGAUAAAUCUGCUGAAUAGCGCAUUAUUGGUUUCCCUAAUGGUUAUCUGGCCUCAGUUGUUUAAAAGGUGGAUAACACUAUCCACCGGUUAAAUCACUGUCCCCUAGAUAGCACAAUUAUUGGUUUCCCUAACACUUAUCCCUUGGAUAGUGAUUUAUCCAGUGGGUAGUGCUAUCCAACUUUUGAACAACUGCGCCUGCUGGAUAGUGAUUUGUCCAAUGGAUAGCGCUAUUCAACGUUAGAACAACCCAGGGCUGAUCCUUGGACAAAUACUCUCAGCCAAUACUUUGUGGGAAUGUUUGAAGAUCAGUCUUACUGUGGAGAAUUUGCUUUGUGGGUGGAUAUUGUGUAAGGGUUUAAAGUGUUAAUUGCUGGAGCACCCUAUUUUUCACCUAACAGACUUCUGCAGGUGACCAGUGGAGCCCGCAAUCUUGACCUCAAGGUUUGGGGUGGUCAUUUUUUACCUGUGAGGGGGGACCAGCCUGUUUGAGAAAGCUCAGAAGAUUUUCAAAUCAACCCACACUGCAUCCUUGCAUUUUAGAAAUAACCCACCAUAAGUCAUACAUAUUGCAAAAGUGAUCCCCUACCUGAUUGCUGUGGAAACUAUGAAUAUUGCCAGUAGCUACAAAUUGUGCUGAAGUUCACCACAUACAUGUACUUUAUCCACUGUCGUGUUUAUAAGAUUGGUGUUAACAAUCGGAUCGUAGACUUUAGGGGCAUCCAAAGAUGGUUUCCUCCCAAAUGCACUGAAAACACUUAUAAGCUAUCCAGAGUAUUUUUGGAACUCUAGAAAUGCUUUCUAUAUGGUGCUAUAAAAUUUGUAUCUGUUCAGUCAUCCUUGGGAACUUGAGUCUUUUCGAAAUUACAAGGGCUUCAGUAAUAUUUUCUCAAAAAUUUUAGAUGCAAUUUAGCGCAUUAUGAGGGUGAAAAAGUUUUUGAUUCCUCUCUCCAUCACUUUUUUGAAUCCGAAAAUUUUAGGUUUCCUUUUUUCUAUGAAAAAUAGCCUAACCUGGAGUGUGAAAAGUGAAAUAUUAAACUUCAGAAAAUCGUAGGGAAUUAAUUAGCUUAGCUUCGAAAAUUGUACAUAAAUGGAACGGUCAUCUAGAACUUUUUAGCUGUCUUCAAGUAAUAGAAAAUUCUAGGCAAUAUUUGCUUCUCUGAACAAAUAUUUUACAGAAAACAGUCAUAGGGUGCUCCUGAGACUUGCUACAAGUAGACUGUGAGAGCACCGAAGGCGUGAGGGACUCCCCCCGCGAGCACAAGCGAGUAAUGAAGUGGCGAGAGAGAUGAGCGGUGCAAAUGGGCUUUGAGAAAGUCUCUACUGCUUGCUGUUACAUUCAAUUUUCAUUCACGCUUGUUAUUGCUUUGUACUAAUUUCAUGAAAUUUAUUAAAGUGACUUCCAAGGUAAUGCCUCUCACCUGAAAAUGACCCCCCCGCAAAAUGAUGCUCCCCCCCUCAGGUAGUUAUUGACCAGCCCCUUACUAUCUCAGGCAUGCAGGUUUGUAGCUAGAAUUCGUUUGGACUCUGGGACCUCACAUCUGUUUGAGUGAACAUCCAGGUUGAUAGCCUUGAUGUAGGCAAGUGCUAUCUCCGCUUGUUAACUAUAUCCAUAUGAAACAAAAGUUAAAUAAGUCAUGUCUGAAUGCAGGCUAUCUGGCUGCUUACUUUCUUAAUUCCCUUGACCAUCUCUGGCCAAGCCAAUCUUACCAUGUAGUCCACAGAUAACAUGUUUAAAUUGUCUUUUGAAACAGUUCACAGUGCACAUGAGUGGAUUCUCAGCAAAGGACCUGAUCCUUACAAUCCCAGUAACAAUUGGCUCUGUACCAUAUCAACCUCCACACCAACCAUCAGCAGUUCAGCCAUCAGCUCCUCCACUAACCCCACCCCCUGGAUAUAGUGAAGACUUUCAGCCAUACCCUGGAGCAGGUAAUUGGCACAAAGUGUUGUCUGCGUGACUAGUUAGUUAAAUGUUUUGUUCAACUACAGUUGACCUCCAUAUGUGUAACCACCUCUCGUAUGCAGCGACCACCUCUCAACACUAAAAUUUUCCCAGUCAAAGCUUUAUGGUUGGAAACUCUCGUAAGUGACCACAACCACUUUUAGGGAUGAUGGUUUUAGAAUUUUUUUAUGGUUUUUAAUCUCUUCUAAGCGACCACCUGAUACAAUGGUCUGAUCUUUGUGUUCGCUGUAUUGACUAUGCCACUCAGGAGUAUGAGAAGAACAAUAUGUAUUUACCUAUAUUGCAAUCUAAAAAUGCAUGCGAUGCAUUCUCUCAAAAAAUUAGAUGUGUCUGGACUUCUACUCGUAAAAGUCCUCCUGCAGUUCUACUCUAAGCAACCACCUCCCGUAAGCGAUCACAAACUCUUUGCAUUUUGAGUGGUUGCUUACAGGAGGUUCCAGUGUAUAAGCUAUUGUUUUUGUUUCAGUAGUUGAAGAGCUGCUGCAGCAAACCGAUUUUUCAGAUACUUAGCUUAUUAAUCUUUGGCACAAUAAUGCAUUCUGUCUCUUCUAACUGGCAUUGGAAACAAAGCCGUUUUGCAGAAGAACCUUUUCAUGGUCUCCUUGUAAGUGCUUUUCAACUUGCUCCUUGCACUAGCUUCAGAAUGUCUGAUGUGUUCACAGUCAUUAUAUCUGAAGUGUCUGUCAGUUUUUGGGUCAGCUAAUCAGUCCAGGUUUUAUGUGUUUUAUUAAGCUGCAAUUAGUAAAGUUGUUCACCGUAUUAACACCCAUCCACUAAGUAGCUUUUACACUCUCCUCUACGCAAAAAAAAAAUUGAAAUCAUGUAUUAUUUCUGCCUUUCAGUUCUCCCAUCAUACGCUGAAUGUGUGUAUGGUGGGGCAGCCAUUGGUGAUGAGAAUGACGCAGGUGAAAUGUCAAGUGGUUCCACCUUUACUCCAAUGUAUCCAUUUGUCAGUCACUACCAGUUCCCUUCAUCUGCAAGUCAAGACACUGCAGCUGCUCUGGAACCCCAACCUUCAAACUCAAGUAAACCGCCUCUGCCUUCAUAGGCCAUUUCCCAGUUGCCCGGAGCCUCUGUUUCAAAGCGAGGCUAAGUGCAAAACCAUUGAUAUGAAAAUGAAUUUUAUUCUUAAGCAAAUAAAAGUCAUUUUCACGAGGAAGGUAAUGCACUUAGCCUCCUUUUGAAAGGGAAACGUUUUGGAAUUCGGAAAUGGCCUGUUGCACUGAAAUAAUUGUUACCUAUACUUGUGUCACCGAACAUUUUUCGGGUUAAGCUGAUCUGCUAUUCAGCUGUUUGUUCCCUGGGUGUCUUUAAAUUCUUCAACAAGUGCCUCCUCAGAAGGGGAGUUUCUGUCCUUCACAGUUGAUAUAUUAAUUGUGAUGAAUUAUUCAUCAAAUUUAUUGCGCAGGAAUAUUUAUUUUUGAAUUUUUGAAAAACUCAGCUUACAUAUAUGACUAAUAUAAGGAUCAGAAUUACGAUGUUUCAUGGCCUUAGCAAACAUUAGUGAAUUAAUUUAUGGUAGCCUAUUUAUCAUUAGAUUCAGAUUCAAAUUUAGAUAUAGAUUAAGAGCAAUUUUAUCACAUUGGCGUGGCAAAGUGAAGAUAACAAAGCUAUGAUAGACGAAAUUUUAUUGUGGUGUAUAAUGAUUUGCUUAAUGUCAGUUUUGCGAACAUUGACAUUAACCUUUGCUGUACAUAAGCUUUUUUAGUGACGGGUAUGUAGGAUACAAGGCAACUGAUUAUUCGACUGACCAUGGCGUGUGCACUGCUAUUCUUUUGGAGUGAUGAUAAUCUUAAAAACUUUAUUUCAACUUUUCCAUUAGUGAAGCAAGUUCUUUAGUAAAACAGACAACACAUGCUUUACCUAAACUACGCAAAGCGGGUUGAAUUUAGAGAAAACGUAAGGGUUCUCUUUCCCCAGGGACAAUGCAAACUUUCCAUAAUAAUGAGGUGUUCUUUAAGGAUCACCCAGCUCGUUAAAGUCACCCGUUGUAUGUCAAGGCUCUAUUAGACUCUUACAAUGACGUGUUUGUUUUCCUUUGCUGUCUCUGAAUCAAAAUUAAACAGCGAAGAUCAUCCACUCCCACGCGCGGCGGUCACUGUUGCUGAAUUAUUAGAAUAUAUAUUAAAAAACAUUUUAAAGGCUGAGGAAGAAUGGUUUCUUGGGACGAAAUUUCUAAAGCCAAUUGAUAUAUAAGGAUCAUAGUAGAAUUUAUUUAAUUUUUGGAACAUGUUUCAGAUGUUGCCCGGGAAAACAGCCGACAUUUGGCGACGUCGUCAUUUGGCGGGGAAACCAGUGGUAGCGCCGCCAAAUGUCGGGUGUUUCCUCAGGCUAUUGCUGACAUUAAAAAGAUAGUAUUGCCAAAGUACGUUACACCUCAGUAACAAUAUUAAUUAAUCUAUAGCUAGAAUCCCAAGAACAGAGACAAGCGUGCGUGACAUCACUCAUUAGAAGAGUCAGGUGUUCUUUUUACGGAUCCGAUGGAUUCCGGUCGUCGCUUCUCUUAACCCAAAAAGUAACUUUCAGGUGUAGAGAAGCGACGGCCGGAAGUACGUCUGUGUUCGUAGGCUGUGAACCACGAUAUUUUCGAAUUCAAUCAAGUAUGUGGUUCAGUUCAGCCUGCCCUUAUUGGUGUGGAUGCGGUUUGCAGAGUCAUUCUGUUCAUGGAAUGAAGCGUUGUACAGGUAGCUACAUGUAAUUAAUUUGAAGAAAUGAAAUAAUAAGCACUCAGUGAUUGCUUCCGAAGGGAGCAAACUAACUGUUUCCCGAGGGACCAGUGUUUUUGUGUUUUUUGUUAUAUAGCUGGAAAUUCAUUAAACCUCGCUGUAACGGCGGUCGCCGGUAACAGUGCACUGUUACCCUCUUACGUCAUAGAUUUUGCAGUGUUGCCCGUAAAUAGAUUUUGGUGGGAAACAGUUUCAUUGUUAGAUGUCAUGUGACCUCGAAGCCACCAAUGCGAGCGAGCGCCGCUAGGAAAAAAUUUUCAAUCGCAGUUAAAUAAUAGAUAUGAAACCUUUACUUCCAUAAAAGAGGUGUCAAAAUUAGAAAGCAAAACAAUUCCCAAAUUUGGUUUUGAACGCUACCUUAUCAUUAGAUGACAACGUUGGUGAAUAGAGAACGACUUGAGAUACCUCAAGUUGUCGUGUGAGGAGCGGCUACUUUUUGGCAUAGAUACUGGCAUGCUAAUAGUAAAGGCUACUUGACAGUACGUAUCUUGAAAGCGAAGCCUCUGCUACAUGGAGAUACCUAAGCUUGUGGUUGUUUGUACAUGCACAGACUUCCUCUUGAACAGUGGUGUUAUGAAACAUGGUCUUUUGUUACGUUACUGAAAUGUGAAAUAAUGUAAUAAUACGAAUACAGAAAAAUGAAGUAUGUAGAUAAAUGAAUAGAGAUUGCCUUAUUAAAAUGAAGAAUAUGAAACUGUUGUUGCUUUGUUGUUGUUGUUGUAAUGUUUAUGUUAGACUCUCUAAAAGUCCUUUAUUUAUUUGUUUGGUUAUGCCAUUUUAAAGGACUUUUCAGACCUGUUUGGCGCGAAUUCACCGGUCGAAAAUUCUACCGAUGGAGUCGUGACAAUUGACCAAUAGGACAGUGAGAGAUAUUUCACAUCGCUCCCGACACAUCAUAUGUCAAUCAGUUUUUUUCCCGCGUAAAUUUAUAGCGCGUGAUUCAAUUCCAUUCAGGCGAAACAAGUCGACCUCGAGUCUUCGUCAAUGUCACGUGGUUUCUCAGGGGGGAAACAAAUGAUAAAAGCUGUCAAUGCAAGAAAUCGUGGUCAAGUUUGUUUACUCUAGACAAAAGGAAACACAGAAUUUUUCAUAAUAAAGACGAUUAUGGCAAAUUAUGGGUAGAAGUAAUCAUUGUUACUUCUUUGGAUGCUGUAGUGACCGUAGAUAGAUGUCCUCCGCAUUACAAGCCUAAUUAGGUGUUUUUUGAAUCGAAGUGAAUUGUAAAUAGUAAUUUCACGGGAGAGUUUUUUUAAGCGAAAUUAUUAUUCAUUCAAAAUAUUUCCCCGAUUCUGAUUGGCUAAAAGCACACGCAUAAUUCACUUGAGUACAGACAGCCUAAACGUCGUUUGAGUCAGGAGAAGUUCAUUCUCUCUUGUUUAAUUUGCACAUUACGGGAAAGUGUAUCGCAAUAAUCGCAAUACAGAAAACGUCCUAAGUUUCUGCCUUUUAAAAAGAUUCGAAAUAGAAUUGACUUACAUAGUGUUUGUGUUGUGUUUUUUACUGUCAGUUUACUUCUAGAGCCACUCCGAAGCCGUUUUGGCGAAGUUAAGAUUUUGAUUGUAAUUACAACAAAAAUCGAAACUACAUGACCUAUCCAAAUUAAGUAUAUCUUGGAACGUGAAGUAAAGGUAUUAAAGGUAUUUUUCUGAGAUGUACGCGAAUAAACUAAUUGAUUAAAGUCAAACUCUGUGAGAUUUUUCAGCCUUUACAGGGAACAUCGAGCAAGAAGCCUGGCUUGCGCGUCUCCAUCCUGAUCUUCAAUUUUUGAGUUGAAAAGUAUAGAAAGUCAUGGGUAUUCCUGGGAAAAAAACAAAUCUAACCCAAGAGAAUUGAACUACUCUCUUGUCCUCCAUAACCCUUAUGCCCUCUUCACGGUUUGGUUGGUUGGUCAAAGCUGUGACUUGUCUCGGCCUGGGAUUUUUAUGAAAACGGUAGUUUCGGACGAAUAAGGAAAAAUUCGUCAUGCAAAGUAUUAAAACAGUCAUUUCUCGCCCUCUGCACACAUUACGAGCCUACCUUCUGAAACCCUCCCCUCCCUACUUUGGCUGGUGAUCAGUUAUCCAAAAAUGCACUCUCAUCAUGCAUGUAAUUACGGUUAAACAUUGUUUGAAUGUCAGUUGUUAAACCAUGGGCAAAGUUGAUUACUUCGUUGUUGAAUUUCACCGUGGGAAAAGAACGUUUUACCCAGGGGAGACAAUAAAUGGAACCCUUCGUCUCAAAGUGAAUAAGGAGUUAAAACUGCGGGGCCUACGGAUUGAGUUUCAUGGCAAAGCUCGCGUACACUGGAGUGAAAGCCACGGAUCUGGAGAGAACUUGAGUACAAGUCACUAUAAUAACAGUCAAAGUUACAUCGAUACCUUGGCAACAGUGUUCGGUAAAGGUCAGUUUGGGUUUUAUUCAUUUUGUCCGACGUGCAGAAUGCCAAAAAAGCAAUGAUAAUAUCAGUAUAAGUGUUGCUUGUCGAGUAAGUUUGUAUUCACACGAAUGAUCAAGGUGUCUGAGCCUUGUCUUUGUUGGGCAGUAGAAAAAAGCGGAACAUUUCACACGCCUCACGAAAAAGAAAUAGUCAAAAUACUGUCUCAAAACAUAGCAAGAACAGGAAGAAUACGCAAUUCGACGGAUGACAUGUGCUAUUUGAAGAAUAAUUAUCUGCUAGAAUUAACAUCCCUUUAUAUCCUGAACUUGCCGAUAAACAGGAAAAUGAAGACGAGAACUUAAUAUCGAUCGAGGUGAAUGAGUAACGAAGCAAUUAUUGGAUUCGGCUUUGGUAUGAUGCGAAGAAUUUUGCAGAUAGCACCCACCUCGAUCUCCAUAAAUCUUAACAUCAUACUCAACGUUAUCAAAUAAUUGCUUAUUACAAACACUCGAAACUCAUACAAUUUUUCUUUUUUAUCGCGUCAUUUUUUGCAACGAAACAAUUUUGAAUAUUUAAUGAAACCUUUUUCAUUUCGCAUUCGUCAUGUCAUUUCUGUUAGCAGCAUGUUAUUCAGGUAGGAGGUUUGGUUGGUGCUCUGUUUUCUUGACUUUCUUUGUUCAAUUUCUUCAAGAAAUUCUUGCAUCAGUUUCAUUUCCUAUCUAAGCAAAUUAUUUUGUUCUAUUUAUUCUGGAUUUAUGCCUCUGAUUACUUGUUAUCUUUGUGUGUAUAUCUAUGGAACAAACUUCUAAAUGCAUUAAGGAUGGAAACAAGCAUGUAUCCUUUCGAAGCUAAACUAAAAAGUUAACUUUUUAAACUAGCUUAUCAUUUAUAGAUUUACGAUUAUUAUUAUUAUGACUUAUCAAUUAACGUUUUAAGAUCAUUUGAAUUACUAAGUUACAAUACAUUUAUUAAUCGAAUCUUAUAAUUGCCUUUUUAAUUGUAGAUAUAGAGAGAUUUAUACCAAAUUUUUAGUUUUUCUGAGGAAAUUUUACAUAUAAUUUUAUAUAUAUUUUUGUCAGUGCACAUUAGAUCAUAUUUAAAUGCUAUUUUGCCCCUUAUAAUAAUAAAUUAUUAUUAUUAUUAUUAUUAUUAUUAUUAUUAUUAUUAUUAUUAUUAUUAUUAUUAUGGUAGGGAAAGUGCCUCAAAUUCAACACCAAGUAUCCCAGUAUCCAUCAACUGAGGGGUACAUCGAUGACACCUUGUCUGAGCGCAGCUACAGUGCUGAGUAAUUUUUCAGUUACAGAUAAACUAAGGUGUGCAUUUUUGGUGCAAUUCUCCUUGGUCUUUACUUUUAAAAAACAAUUAUUGGAUGAGGUUGAGCAUGAUAUCAUGAAUUAUAUCAAAACCGAGGUCUGUGUUAUUGUCUAUUGUUAGCCAAAGGCUUCGGCAGAUAAUACAGACACGAGGUUUUGAUAAUUCAUGAUAUCAUGCGAAAACCGAAUUCAAUAAUUGUUUUAUUAUACCUUUUUUAAACAAUAGGCAAAAGAAGACAUUCAUCUGUUGAAAAAAUGGCUUUAUUUCAAAACUAAGGUGAAAGUGACGCAAGUACGGCGCCGGUACUCGACAGCUAGGUAAAGCUGUCAUGGACAAGCGAUUUGUUGACUCUUUAAAAUUAAAAGAUUCUUUAUUUAUUGCAAAUUUUACAGUAUGUAUUGUUGAGGAUCUUAAGGUUCUUUCAGGGACAAGGCUCGGCCAAGACGUGUUUCCAGGUCUACGGAGCAAAUGAUACGAAAAUAGCUUUGAGUUUCUAACAUUUUCCACUUCAACCGCUCCACAAACCUCAUAGUUGGACUGAAUUGUUUCGGACAAAUAAUUUUUUGCGACGUUUCAGGGGCAUCCAAGGACAGUUAUAAAUGCAUUGAAAACUUUUUGAAGAGUAACGUAUUUAUUCGAAUAAGCGCCCAACCUCUAAUUAGCGCCCAUCCUAAAGGCAGAAAAAGUUAAUAAGCGCCCAGCCUCGAAUAAGAGCCUACCCCACCCCACCUCCCUCCCGAUCCCACUCAAACUCAAUAAAGCGCCCACCCCCACCCCACCCACUUUCCCCCUCCCACCCCCUGAAAAUUGAAUAAGUUCUAACAAGAGACUUCUCCGAAGACGGAGUUUUCUUCAGAGUAUGUUACAGAAACCUUGCUUUGUUACAUCUUCGCGUUUUGUUAUUACCAUUUAUUGUUUUGUUGCAAAAUAAACGUACUACACUUGCUGAGAAUGUUGAAAAUUUAUAUUAAGCGCCCAGCCUCGAAUAAGCGCGCCAGGGCCGUUAAUCGAAUAAAUACAGUAUACUACUCAGUUCAGAUCUCUAGAAAUCAUAUUCUAAGUGGCGCCAAAAAAUUUUUGUCUUUUAGGUCAUCCUUGGGCAACUUGAGUCGUUUCGAAAUUACAAGGGAUUCAGUAUUAUUUUCCCGAAAAUUUUAGCUGCAAUUUAAAGUUUUACGAAAGUGAGAAUUUUUCUGAUCCCUCUCUGCAUCGCAUUUUCGAUUCCGAAACUUUUAGGUUUCCUUUCUCUAGGAAAAAUCGCUAAACCAGGGGAGUGGAAUGAGAAAAAUUAAACUUCAGAAAAUCGUAUCAGAUAAGCUUCGAAAACUGUACAUGAAUGGAGCGGUCCUCUAGAAAUUUUUAUCCUUCCUUAAGCUAUAGAAACUUCUAGGCAAUUUUUGUUUCUUCUAACAUGCAUUUUACAAAAAACAGUCGUUGAGUGCCCCCGUUGGCUCUCCGCUAUCUUUCCGUUAACGCCAUUUUUAAAUACCGUAUGUAUUCGAUUAAACGCCGUCCUCGAAUACUGCUCCCCCUCGAUCACGAUCAAACGCCGCAGAUGGAAGCAAAAUUACCAGUAAACGUCGCUCUCGAAUGAACGUCACACCUAAUCAGAAGAAUGCGGCGUUAACUGGAGGAUAAUAAAAAAAAAACCUCGGUACAACUUUUUGGUAAUUUACACCAUCCAGACAUUUACGAUUCUAUCCCAGCAAAAUAAGGGAGACAUUGAAACCGUUAAAUUACAUAAUAUUUACAAACGAUCUACAAUAACUGUGGUCAGUGAUUUUAAAAAAGUGACUUCGAAAUAAACGCCAAAACUCUAAUAAACGCCGCUGCGUUCAAUCGAAUAAAUACGGUAUGCGGAUUGUCAACUACCAAAAAUUGACAAUUAGAACGGUUUAAUAAUCAUUUUUGCACCUGACAGCACCAUUAGCUUAAUAGCCAGGGGCAUCCAACGACAGAUUCCUCCUAAAAGCAUAGAGACACUUUUUAGGGUACCCCAAGUAAUUUCAUACCUCUAGGAGCUAUAUAGAAUUUGCAUCUGUUCGGUCAUCCCAAAGCAAUUUCUCACCAUCACAUUUUUUAAUCGGAAAUAUUUAGUUUCUUUUUUCUACAAAAACUAGCUUAACCUGGAAAGUGACUUGCGAAGAACUAAAUUUCAGAAAAUCGAAGGGAAAUCAUUAGAUAAGUUUUGAAAAUGAACGUGAAAGGGGCGGUCACCUAGAGAUUUUUAGCCAUCCUCAAGCUAUAAAAAAAGUCUAGGCAAUUAUUGCUUCUCCGAACAGAUAUUCUACAGAGAAGAGUCGUUGGGUGCCCCUGACGUUUUGACCAGUUUUUCCGGCGAGAGUUUUUUGGCUGAAGUUACGUUUAAAACUUUUCAGUUGAAUACAACGAGAAAUUCCGCAGCAAUUGCUGGGAGUUUCAGCCUUCUUGGAUCAUUAAGCUGCGUUAUUAUAUUUUUCUGCAAUCGUUUGGAGCAUGUUUCAAAGAGAACAAAAAAGUUAACAAAUGUUAUUCACGUUACUUACGGCUAUGUUGACAAGCUGUCAAUUUAUAAACGAACGGAACCGUAAAAUAUCAAAGGGCGUUUUCCAGAUGUCAAUUUAAUAAAACCUUUACAAGUGUAAUUUACUAGUGUAGCUAUUGGUUUCGGGCCCUACAACAAUGGCUACCCUUGUCAAUUACACCUGCAAAUGUUUAAUUAAAUUGAUCCCAGAAUCGCGGAAGUUUCGGGCAAGUGUUUCUUUCUUCUCCCCUCCCCCUCCUCCGAUUUUCUCCAAAUCGAAGCGGCCUUUUCAAAAAACUGGCCGCCGGUUGCUCGAGAGAGACGUACCUACAGGCUACUUACCUAUAUCCUGCCAACCUACCAGCCUGUCUACCUUCCUACCUACCUACUUACCUAACUUCCAAGCUACCUGUGCUCUUCUUCAUAUCUACCUGAAUACUUACCAUACCUACCUACCCAACAGUACCAGGUGUACCUAUCUACCUUCUUUGAUUGACAGCUCCAGGUCAGCGUGGUGAAGACCCAGUUCUCCAGCCUGGUGAUUACUCCUAUCCAUUUCAGUUUCUAAUCCCAAACAUUAACGUGCCGACCUCAGUAGAAGGAAAGUAUGGUUAUGUUCGUUACUGGUUGAAGGGAAUUGUUGACCGCCCAUGGAGAUUUGAUAUUACUACUAUAGCAGCCUUUACUGUAUUGGAAUAUGUGGACAUCAACACCCCUCUGCUUCUGGUAAUUGUUUAAAUUUUCAAUAACAUAAUGAUCUUUCCCUAGCGAAUCAAUGUAUCGGGUCUGUGCUUAGGCGCAGUUCAGACGUCGCGCUUCUUCCGUGCCGAACUUAAUUGUAAUUUGGUUCGACUGUAACACGGCAGGAAAACAACUUUAAUUCAGACGUCGUGCCAGAGUGCCGAACCAAAUUCAGGAUUUACUGAUGCCUCGUAACAAUUCUUCUCCCAACUCCCCGUGGGAACGCAAUCUCGCCAAAAUACAUUAAUAUAAUUCAUGAAUUUUGUUUAGCGCGGCAGAAGCACGACGUUUGAAUCGUUGCCAUGCCAGAGCCGUGUAGCACGACAGCGCUUAUCGAACUUAAUUGCUUGCUGAACUUAAUUCAAAAGUUUGAUUCAGACGCCGUGCUUCUGUCGAACUUAAUUCCUGAAUUUAGUUCGGCACGGCAGAAGCACGACGUCUGAACUGGGCCUUACUCUUGCAAAGCUUUUUUCCCAUGAGAAAAUACAGAGAGAGGAAAUCUGAAAAUAUUACUAAGUUAUUGUUACAACCUUUUUCAUGGGACCUAGGAAAACUUCAGGAGACAAAUUUUGGUAGACUCAAGUUUAAUUUGCGAUUCGGAAUAAAAAAUGGUUUUGACAGGAACAACAUUUUCCAAGUAUCGUCACGAUGGCAGCAUGGUUGUACUCAGUAUAUAUGACUGAGGCUAUAGUUGUAUCCUAUUAUUUAAAGUACCAUAAUGAAGGAGUAAUUAUGGAAGAAAACUGGCAGAGUAUUUGCAUCGUGAGAGUGCAAAAACUGGCAAAGGAAAGUCCAUUCUCGUCCCCAGAGCCUCCUGGGGACCUGAGCACCAGGAACAGGAGGCUCUGGGGAAACACGAUUUAAAGUCCUAGAUUUUAGGACUUCAGAUCUUUUCUUAUUUUCUACAACGUUUCUAAUGGUGUUCACUUGCUCUUUCCGAAGUAUCAAUAAUAAGACUGUAAAUUUAGGUGAUUCAAAGCUUUCAAAAGAGAAUCCUCCAACUUCCUUUUGAAUCGGAAAUGACCGGAAGUCCUAAAAUCUAGGACUUCAAAUCUUGUGUCCCUAGAGCCCCCUGGUCCUCGUGCUCAGGCUCCCAGGAGGCUCUGGGGACGAGAAUGAGGAAAGUCCCUAAGGGCCCCUAUUAAUAGCAGUUGGCUAAGCCUCUGAAAGGGCUACCCUAGAGUAAAUGAUAAGAAAAGGGCUCUCUCCAAAUGCCUAGAAAUUAGUGGCAGUAAAAUCUAAUACCACUACAUAUUUCAACUCUUACUUCAUCAGCAACCUUGUCAGGUCCAAGAGGAUCGUGAUGUGGGAUACCUGUGCUGUAUAUCUGGUCCACUCAGUACUACUGUCUAUACUGACAGAGGAGGUUACUGUCCUGGAGAAUCUAUUGGUGUCUCGGCAGUCUUUAUCAAUAAUUCAAAAAAUGAGGUUACUGGGCUGGAGAUACAACUUAUUCAACUCACUGUCUUCAUUGCUUCCGGUGGUGGGUUUUAAAGAAACAGUUUCACACUUAAGAACGAGGAAUUAUUCAGUAGCUAAUUAAGGUUGAUUCCGAAUUUAAAUGCCAUCUCUGUUUUGACUGGUAGUGGGCAGCACUCAAUCUGCAAAUACUUCUAACUGUUACUAUAUCAUUGUUACGGUGUGAAAUAUAUAUUGAUCAAGCCUCAAAGACUAGGAAAGAGGUUUAAUUAAUGCUUCACCUCUUGUUGGCGACGAAAAAAUCCUAAUAUAGGCUCCCUACCCACUGUUAAUAGUUGACAACUUGCUGCCUUUUGUUGCAUGUACCACCAUUAGCAAUUUGACAAUGAUACCAAAUUUUGGUAUACCCUCUUUAGCUUUCUUUUCCUAGGAAAAAUUUUCAAAAUCUGAAAGAAUAAAAACAUAUAAUUACUGUUACUAGUGGUUCCUUUUAGAAGGUGAAGCGCUGUGAGCAGAGGGUUUAGUUAUCAUAUUUCUUAAUUCUUGGAGAAAAUAUUGGGAGAUUUUGAGUACUAAUGUCUAAAUUUUAUAAUAGUACAGAGGAAGGAUAAUUUCACAACAGUCAAUACUCUGAAAAGAAUCGCUCGAGCUUUCUUGCAAAGCUUCAGCAUAAUUCUGCAGAUUACGUUUGGAGAGUUCGCCUUGUUUUUGACUCAGUUGGGUCGCUUAGCUCAUUGCCCAUAGUUAUUUGUUUCUGUGACCACAAAGGGUCGUUUGGCACAUUGGCCACCGAGCCAAUCAACCUUAUUCCCAGGUUCUCUCUCCUACCCGUCUCGCUCCGCAGGGACGGAUAGGGGAGAACCCUGGGAACGAGGUUGCCAGCAGAUUCGCUCAGUUCAGUUUGUUUGUCAUAGAUCAGAGAAAAUCGGCUCAACUCGUGAUUCGGUCUGUAGGUCACUUUCUGUCUCUCCUUUCGCAUCAACAACGUUUUUAAAUCAAUGAUACUUGAUACAAUGAACAAUGAUACGCUGAAAAAAACCGAACAACUCCUUAAGUUUCCCGGGAGCGUAAAGCAGUACAAACCAUAGUUCCCAAACACAGAAGGUUUCCAACACGAACUGUCAAGUCGCUCUAGUGGGUUGUGAAAUGGGCAAAAGGACGCUGAAGAGAAAGCACGUGCUUGAGCCAACGUUGCAAAGGUCAGCUGUGUUGCUGAUCCACACGAAAGCAAGGCAAAGUGAGCUACUAACUAGCUGAACGUCGAGAAUCAAACUCACCUGGCAUCUGAGUGAAAUAGGUCUGCUGUGAGCGUAGCGAGCAGCAGACAUAGAAAUUUAAAGUAGUAAACUCAAUUAAUUUAACAAAAUUUACGGUAAUUGCUGUGAAAGUCAAAAAGCUAUUAGAAAUUGAGUCUCCUUAUAUCAUUUGGCCUGUUACUGAAAAUGACCUGAGAAGGCUAACCUCAGGAAUAGGGCCUAUGUGGUAGCUUUAGCUCUCUUAGGAACCGGUCAUUAUUUAUCGCCUGGGGGGAGGGGGAGCGGAGGAUUCGGGACUAAACAAGGUGAAAUUUAGUCGAUUCCCCCUUUGAAUGUUACUUCACUGAAGUGAUCCCCCCCUAAUAACUUUUGAUGACUUUCGCCAUCCCCCCCCCCACCCAAGUCUUCAUUUUCCAAGUACAUUUUAGUGGUCCCCCUUCUUAUGAAUCCUUCCAAAGUUUUCAGCCUUCCCCCCUUUUGGGUUCUCAGUUACAACUGAUGCCCCCUUUUGGUCUCCCAAAAAUCAAAUGAUUCCCCCUAAAAUCCUUCCCCUGCCCCGCCAGGCGAUAAAUGAUGACCGGUUCCUUUUCAUGUAUGAUCCCUUGUUGACUCUCAUCUUCAUCAUCAUAAUGAUCUUUAUUUUCGUCAUGACCAUCGUUAUUUUAAUUUUAUUUCUAGGAAAACAAAUACAACGGAAAGACAUGGUUGCCGAGACCACGUCUCAAGAAGGAGUGAAACCUGGGGAAGAGACUUGCAUAAUAGUACCACUUCCAGUCCCCUCUCUGCCCCCAACCACGAUGGGUUGCAGUUGCAGUUUCAUAAAAGUAUCAUAUUUUUUAACGGUAAUUUACUCAUUUUCUGUCCAUUUAGUUGAUUUGUUUAACAUGCCUGAUGUGUUUUGACGACUGUCAUUUGCUACCAGGGCCAUAAUGACAGUACUUGAAUCUGAGGUGACCGAUGAAAUAUUCGUAGUACAGUUAAGAACCUCACUUGCCCAAGCUAUAAUUUUCCUUGCAAGCUGUGGCCUCUCAUCGCGAAGAAAAAAUGAGAGGAAGGAGAGUUUCUUUUACCCUGAGAGUCCUUAGCUAGCAAGGAACAAAUGAUUUUCACUGCCGCGGUUUGCUUCACUUACUUCAUAAAAACCUUCAUUUUCAUUGGCAAACGAACCCUGAAAAUGCUCAAAUAAGAUGACUUGGAAUGACCAAUAAAUAAUUAUAUUUUCCACUGUCUUUCUUACACAUCUACUGAGAAGGGUGUUGGGUUGGUAUAACUUAGACUCUCGUUUAAAUGUGACCUAAAAUCGAGUUCAACGCCAACAGUUGUAGAUCAAUCUGGUCCUGUGGCUUAUCUAGUUUUCUUGCCUUCUUACAAUAGCUGAAAGUUAAAGUGGAUGCGGCCUUCAUCUCAGCAUUACACAUUCAAAAAAUUCCCAUCACCAUCGGUUCAGUUCCGUAUCGGCCUCCUCCUCCAGCCCAGUUCCCGCCUCCAGGUGCCGCUUUGACAACUCCUAGUGCUCCACCGCUGGCAGAAUUUGAACGAGCAUCAGCUUAUCCACUAGCUGCUACAGAGUAUGGUGGCCCUGCACAGAAGUACCCAAAUAUUGGUUAGGAAAACUCUGUAUCUUGUUUACCGUAGAAUUCCCAAAGUAAUGCCCCCCCCCCCCUCCUUGAAAAUAACAGCUACCCGAAAGUAACGUUACUUUUUUUUUUUUUUUUUUUUUUUUUUUUUAAGUAACGUUACUUUAUUCUCCACCUAUUGAGCCAGGAAAGUAACGCCCUUCCCCCUCCUCCCGUCCCCCGAAAGUAGCGGACCUCCGAAAAUAACCGGUCAACCACACUAAAACAUAAUAUUUUAUUUGAUGCCCCUACCCCCUAACGCAGACUUCCUUCUCGCUGUCGCUGCAGAAACAAGGGACAGCCUGAGUGAUUCUGCGUUCACGGGUGAAUUUGAAAAAGUGCCAACACUUAAUGAUACUAAUUCGAUCUGGAAAACUGACACGCUAGCUAUUUUGUGGGUAAACAAAGGAGUCAGUUACAAAGGAGAUAAAAAAAAAGGCACAGCAAGUGGAUUGUGGAUUCGUAGUCGCAUCUCGAAUGGUAAAGUUUAAUUAUAUCUUGCAUAAUGUAUUAAAAAAUAUAGAAAAGCUGGUCUGAGUAUACUGAAACAUUUGCAAUUACGAAUAAGAAUACUUGUUUUAAUGAUUUUUUUUUUCAGUAUAUCGUGUUCGAAAUAAUUAUAGUGGUCGUCAAAUCAGCCUACCAAAUACAAAGGGAAAAAAACCGGCUCCAGAACUCUGUGACUACGAGUUGACUUGGCUAAAUGCAACAUUUCUUGUUUUUGAUUUCAGCUCCUCCUUCGUACGCAGAGUGUGUUAGCGGUGGAGCGUCUAUCGUUGAUGAAGGCGAUACAAAGACCCUGGGUGAUACCAGCUUUACACCGAUGUAUCCGUUUGUUAAUAACUACCAAUUUCCCUCUGCACCGCCUCCUUCAUUUCUCUAAGAGGAAAGUAUGACCAGCUUCGAGUUAGCAGCCGCAAGCCAUGUUAUUUAUUAAUAAGGUCAACAGCAGGCUAUCGCAGGAGUGGGCACUUUUAUAAUUACCAUGCAGAUUUAAUUUGAACAUGCACCCACACUGCAAAAAGAACUGUGUAGAAUGAUCUACUUGUAUAAAACUGGACUAUUUAAAAUACUGUAAAGUGCCAACAGUUUUCGCAAUGGAACCGAUUUAGUCCAUCAUUUUGUGGAAAAAAAGUAGGUUAACCUAGAACCAACCGCAACAGAAGACAUACCAACUGUUUUAGACUUACCACAGGCAGCCCAAGCGCACUAUUUGUGGGUUCGGGCUUCAGAGGUCAUUUGGUCGGAAUAUACUAGAAUUAUUAGUGUAUUAUCUGAUGCCAAAUAAAUGCAAAAAGUCUUAAAGAUAUGAAGUCUUCUUGUUUGUCUAUCGGUACUAGUAGCCUUUAAGACAACGAAAAUCGAUAUUUCUUGCAUUAUUACAUGUGAUUCGGGCCCUUAUUGAUCGAAUUUUAUCACAUGUAUUCGAAUCUACAACGUUAAGGAAAAAAAAAUCAUGAUCACGCGAAAUAUUGAUUCAGAAAGCUCCCUUACCUUUAGUUCAUAGCCACUCUGUGUCCUACGGCUGGUUUAAACGCCGUUAGUCGACUUUCUUUCCAUCGAGUACUGAACACUAUAAAAGUUUAUAUCUUUAAGACUUUUUGCAUUUAUUUGGCAUCAGAUAAUACACUAAUAAUUCUAGUAUAUUCCGACCAAAUGACCUCUGAGGCCCGAACCCACAAAUAGUGCGCUUGGGCUGCCUGUGGACUUACUAGCCUUAAUUGAUAACGUAUCAAAAGUCCCAGCGGGGGAAUUUGCUUAAAAAGGGUUUAACUGAGAGGAUCCGAGGACCCCUGCUUAUUACAGCAUCGAAAGGUGCUUGUCAAAAGACUUUUUUUAACGCUCAUACUAAAAUUGUAAAAAUAUGGAAGUUACUUUAAUGUAUUUAUGCCUUAAUGGGUUAUCUACCUGGGAAAUAUUAAAUAAUGGGGCCCAUUCAACGAUCAUCGUAGCGCGUCGCGUGUAGAUUUACAAUGACAGCUGUUUUCGUGGAACUGUUUUCCCUGCAUUGUGUGUUGGUUUAAAUAACAAAUUUUAGAUAACUGACGAAACUAUAAAUCAAGUUUGCUUACCGUUUGUGUGGAAAAGAAGAAUGAAGAGAAAAACACAAUGGUCCAUUUAGUUCAGCGGCGCGUUCUGGUAAGCUUGAGAAUCUCAAGUAAUCCAGAAUUUGUCACUGUGGUCGGGUUUUGUUAUCCAUUUCCACGUGGUUCUAUUUGUAAACUCUCUCCAAAAAAUGGCUUGAGAUGUGAGUCGCAGGUUAGAUUAUUUUAAUUUUUCCUAGGAUUCAGUAGUUUUUACAAGUCAGAGCUCAAAUUAUUCUGACUCCCUGAUUUUUAUUUCCGUAGCCUAAAUCCUGUUGAAGCUACAGAGGGAGGAAGAAAUCAGGGACCAGGGGCUCGUUUCGCGAGAGACCCGGAAACUUUUCUUUUUGAAUAGUGGCACAGUUCCUAGCUCACAAACCAGCCAAUUUUGCAUCGUUAACUGAUAGGUUCAUUGUAUUAUUUUCAGAAACGGGCCCCAGGUCCUAGGGGACCAAAAAUGCCCCUAAUAUAAAUGAGGUUAAAUUUUACAAUGUUCCCACGUUCGAAUCUUUUAGAAUUUUUAGUAUGUUUAUCUAUACUCUAAUCCUAAAUGACUGGAGAAGAGAAGGCUUCUGUUACAAUUAUUAGUUCCGGGUCCAACCAUAAAAUUGGCCCGUUGUAUCGCAAAGUCCUGCAAACCGUGAAAACUCUUACAAUAAACCUAUUCGGCUAACUCAAUGUUGUACCCAAUUCAAACCCUUUGGGCAAAAAACGUUUUGUUUCAGGAAUUUCCAUAUCAUUUAAAUGUGAAUGCUACGUUAUAAUGCAAAUACAAUACACAAAGAAUCUUAACCUCGGGAGAUUUGAAUUGGGUACAACACUGAGUUGGCCGAAUAGCUCUAUGACUUGUUUGUUUUCCUCUCCUAUCUCUGACUCUAAAGUGAACAGCGAAGAUCAUCCAUUCUCACGUACAGAUGUCACUGUAGCCGAAUUUUUAUUAGAAGAUUAUUACAAAUAAUUUUAAAAGCUAAUGAUUUCGUGAGACGAAAUUUCAAAAGCCAAGUGAUAUUUUAGGGUCAUAAUAGAAAUUAUUUCAUUAUCGGAACAUGAUUCAGAGGUUGCUAUGAUAUUAAAAGACAGUAUUGCCAAAGUACGUUAGACCUCAGUAAUAAUAUUAAUUAAUAAGCCCGAGAAAACAGACAAGCGUGGGUGACACCUCUUCUUAGAAAAGAGUCUUUUUUCUGUUUCCGAUGGAUUUGCGAACUCGUGUAUACGUAGUCGACUACCUGAAACAAGAAAUAUUUUCGAAUGCAAUUAUUAUGCGGUUUCAGCCUGCCCGUCUGGGCGGGCCUUGAGUCAUUCUGUUCAUGGAAUGAAGCGUUGUACAUGCAUGUAGCUAAUAGGUCACUUCCGAGUUCCAAAAACCCUCACUUUGAAAAUGAGGCUAGGUACACAACUUUUCUUGUGAAAAUGAGUUUUGUUUACACGAGAAUGAAACUGGUGAUUUCCGUAUCAAAGGCUCAGCACCUACCCUCGUUUUGAAACAGAGUCCCGGGGAAACUCGGAAAUGGCCUAAUAAUGUGAAGAAAUGAAAUAAUAGAUAUGAAACCUUUACUUCCAUAAAAGAGAUGCUAAGACUAGAAAUUCAAAGAAUCCCUCGCUGUUUUUCUCAGAUUUCCAAGUAAAUGCAUAUAUAUGCAUCACUGUCGUUUUUUGUUGUUGUUGUUGUUAUGUCAAUGUGCAGUCAAUAAUUAUCUUAAGUUCCUGAAUGGUUAUGUUACCUGAUGUGACAGCCGAUGGUCACCUUAGUUUUAAUUUUGUAGUUUUUUUACCUGCCAGUUUUUUCAUGUAGUAUUAUUUCAAAGCCGACUCGAUCAGCCAAAACUAUUUUCGGGUUGGGCUCGUUAUAAAAACAUUUAUUUUAUAUUGAUUGUUAAAUGACGAAAACUAUAUAUUAAUCAAACCCGGUCACGAGAUCCUUCAUGGUUGCUUGACUCCCCAAUCCUCUUGCAAAUAUGCGCCUUUUAAAAAAUUUAAAUAUGCAAAUUAUAUCAUUCGGGAGUAGUUUCUCUGCUCGCAAGCUGUUAAAGUGUUUAUGUUUGUGCUACCUUUCGGUGCGGGUUUGAAAAAUUACUGACUACCACACAACUGAAGAUCGAGGCGUUAGCCAUGUAGAAUGCAGACAAUGUAACUUCAACUGGAAAUAUGGAAACAAUUGAAUUGUUUGCAGUUGAAAUUUACGGCAACGGACGCUAUUAUCCAGGCGAAGUUAUUUACGGCGAUGUUUUCCUUAAAACAAACGAGGAAUUAACUUUGCGCGAAAUUCGUGUUGAAUUUUACGGAGAAGCUAAGGUCUACUGGACAGAGGCAGCGAGACCGAGCAGGUGGUCAAAGCGACCGGGCCUCAUGCGGGACUAUACAAACUAUGAACAGUACUUAAACAUUGCAGCAACAGCUUUUGGCAAAGGUAAGGGUUGUAUAUUUAUCGUGCUGAGAAUUUAGACUAUAUUGAAAGUAUGAAACAAGUACUCGCAAAAAACCUUAGUUUCGAAAAAUCUACAUUAAAGCUCAAACGUCAAAUGCCAACACUGAGCAAUGAUCAGAACCGACAUAAAAUUACUUAAUAUUUCUUCCAUUGUGAAUUAGUGUUGUUUUCACAUUUGCAUUCAUACAAUCCAGUAGCAAUACGUUUGAGAGUUCUUUGGUCAUAGUGGCUCUUAAUAUGUGCUCAAGACCUUAGACCACGCUUAGACCACGCGCGAACGGAGAAGUUUUUCCGGUCGUCGGUUCAAGACCCCCUCCAAGUUCAAUCCCACUACUUUACUUCGGCUGCUAAGUGCAAUAAAUUGGAAGGCCUUCAGUGUAAUGUGUAUAAUACUGUUGGAAAAACAAGCUUCGAUUUCCCUCCAACGCUAAUUAGUGGUAGCAACAUAGCUUCGCCCUAAAGGGGAUUUUUGACGUUUUUCUGACUUCAAAACGGGAAAAUGUAGCUUUUUCUCCCCAUCCCCUCCAUGCAAUGAUGUGCCGCUGUUCGAGCUACCUCAAGAAAAUAGCAAAAACCCCAACUUCGAAUGGAGGGGACAGGGGAGGGGUGUGGAGUUUCUUGUUCUUUGAAGUCCUCCCUAUUGAGUACAAUGUCUCAACAAAUUUUUCGCCGAUUGUGAGGUCUGAUUCUCGUUGGCAUUUUGAGUGGCACUUACGAGAGGUUCAACUGUAAGGGAUUCCAACCUCUCACCCCUCCCUCAAUAUAAUCAAUAGCUUGAAAAGCCUAGUAGCGAUCGAGACUAUCGUAUCUGAAGAUGAUGUGAACUGCGGAAAUGCAAAUUUAAUGAACAUAUCAUCGUCGCAGUGGUAAUUGCAAUUUAAGCAAUUGCAAAUUAACACGAAAAAAUUUCGCCGCGAUUUCAACAGGACGCCAACACAUGGCCUCUGCGUUAACGCUGCAGUGCUCUACCAACUGAGCUAUUAAGACCCAUAAAUUGGGAGCUGGCAAAUUUGUUGAGUUCAUCUUAAGCCGUGAAAAUUACGGGAAUGAAACAUAGAAUGAAGAUGAUGUAAACUGCGGAAAUACAAAUGUAAAUGAAGAUAUGAUCGUCGCAGUGGCAAUUGCAAUUUUAGCAAUUGCAACUGGACCCGAAAAAAUUUCGGGACUUCAACGGCAUUCGAACCCUUGGCCUCUGCGUUCCCCUUGUAGUGCUCUACCAACUGAGCUAUGAAGACCCAACAUUGGGACCUGCAGGGGUCAAUUUAAUAAAACUUUUACAAGUGUAAUUUACAAUUAGUGUAGUUAUUGUUUUCAGACUCUAAAACAAUGGCUACUCUUGUAAACUACACCUUAACCGGUAAAAGGAACAAAACAUGAAAUAAGUUGAUGUGAAUUGCUAAAAUUUUAAAAUUCUUUGCAGCCCCUGGACAGCCCGGCCCUAAUCCCGUCCUCUCGGCUGGUGAACACUCAUUCCCCUUUGAAUUUCGAAUUCCGGAGGAGAAUCUGCCUUCCACUUAUGAGGGGAAACAUGGUCAUGUGAAAUACUGGUUGAAAGCCAUCCUUGAUCGGCCAUGGAAGGAGGACAAGACAGUCGUAGAGGCUUUCACUGUGACAGAGAAAGUUGACGUAAAUCAGCCGGAAUUUCGGGUAAGGCUAUAACUUCCCGUUAGUUCCUUGGAAAUCAAAGCCCAGAGCAACUCUCUCGCAUUAUGAUCUAUGAUCUAUGGCGCAGUGGUAGAGCGCUCGCCUUCCACCAAUGUGGCCAGGGUUCAAAUUCCGGCGUCGAAGCCAUAUGUGGGUUGAGUUUGUUGUUGGUUCUCUCCCUUGCUCCGAGAGGUUUUUCUCUGACUACUCCGGUUUUCCCGUCUCCUCAAAAACCAACAUUUCCAAAUUCCAAUUCGACCAGGAGUCAGGUAGACGAAAAACCACUAUGUGGAUGUACUACCUGCAAAUAGUUAUUUAUUUAUUCAUUAUUUAUUUAUUUAUUUAUUUCUGCCAAAGCAACCCUUCUGUAAUAUAAUUCGGAUAGCGGAUCUCAUUCAGAUGAAGGGAUAACACCUACGUUUUGCUUGUUGCAUUUGUUUAGCGUCCGUCACAGGUCCAGGAAGAUAAAAACAUGGGCUGCCCGUGCUGUAGGUCUGGCCCGUUGAAUGUGACUGUUCGGACAGACAGAAUUGGUUACUGUGUAGGAGAACUAAUGACAAUUACAGUGUACGCCAACAACCAAACUCCUUACAGGAUUCUUGGAGUGGAGGUGGAAUUGAUUCAGGACACUAUUUAUGUAUCGCAAGGAGGUAAACAAAAGCCCAUGUUGACAAAAGGUGCCAAAGAUUAUAGCCUCCAAGUAAUCAUGUUGAUUUUUUGAAGAAAUUAAUGCUAUAAAAGCCGUGGGUUUAGUUUUUCCCAUGGUUAUUUCCUGUCAGUGAUACAAAAUUAUAGAAAAUGUCGUGGAACGAGAGACUGAACCCAAAAACACGAUCCGUAAGCAAGAGGGAAAUAAUUAUUCUCUCUUGCCGUAAGCUCAUUGUUCACACGGAGAAAGUUUGAAGAUGUGUAAAAAACACGAAUAGCUCGUGCGUAUAUCUUCAUGUUCGUUUAAUUCUAAGUUUAAUUCAAAGUCUAAUCUUGUACGGAAUGAGGAAUUACUACCAGGAAAUAAUGCUUGUUUGAUCAGGUAUAUGUAUUGAAUCGCGCCCUUUUUAUCUAGAAUUAUAAAGCAUUCCAGAAGCUCCAAAAUCCCAGCAGUGAUUUGCAGGAGCCUUAUAUGAAGUAUUUGCAGUCUAGUUAUUUUUUUCGAUCAUCAGCGCGCGCUUGUUUACAACAGAUCAGACAAUUCUUUCUGGUCUUCAUUUCUUUCCUGAUGUCAUUUUCAGCGGACUUUUUAUAACCUUUUAAAUAUUUUUUUAAAAAUUCAGGGAAAAAGAUGCUAACAACGGACAUUCUUGCAACUGUCACAAAGGCAGGAAAAGCUUCAAAUCCGGAAGGAGCGCCAAAUGACUUUUUUGAAAUGGUACCUGUUCUUAUCCCAUCUACAACACCUUCUAUGAAAAGUUGUAGGUGUAUAAAGAUAUCUUACCAAGUAAAGGUCAGUUUCAUAUGAGAAGUACUCUUUAAUCAAUUUUCUGUUUCUAUUCUCUGGAAUCUUAAAGCAAAGGCAAAACCGUAGCUAGGAUUCAGAAAAAAGAUCAGAAAAUAGAUGAGUGGGAACUCGAUAAAUCUUAACUUUCUGUCGAAAUUGCUUGAAGAGUGUGCUCGCGACUUAACUCGUGGACGUAGUGUAUGGUGAGGGGUGAGUGACAGGUGGCCUAGCUCUUUCAGGCUCUCAGAUAGUGGGGAUGACGCUUUCGUGUUCGCGCUUUCUCAAUUUCGCGAACCCGACUAUCUCUGAGCCUGGAACAGACUAAGAGAGAGGCGAUGCCCGAACGUACCUUUUUUCCUUAGCCUUUCAAGUGUUUCCGAAAUGUCAACACAUUGUCCUUAAGGGAUUGCAAGGGGGGGGGGGGGGGGGGGGGGGCUAGUGUUACAAUGCACUCAAGGAGGAUCCACAAUAAAGCGGAUCUUUCACUGAAUUACUAGUGAAGUAUGGACAUGACAAUGAUUGUUUAAUCAGCUAGUUGAAGCUAGCACCACUGGAGAAUUUAACUUGCUAGACAAACCUCUGCUUAUCGAGUGACAUCUGCACUGGGAACGCACCUGGCUUAAUAUCAGAAAAUGAACUGAAGUAGCACUCAAAACUAGCGCUCAAUAUCUUGGCUCCUAUUGAAAGUUCCUAAUCGGCGUGGAAGUAUCUGGCAAUGCUAUGACCUUCGAUGAAGUGCAAAACUCGGCUCACCCCGGUCUCCUAGAAAAAUAUCAAUUAAAGGACGAGUCUAAAGCAAUUCUCAAUAAGUCUGUAACUUGAAUGACAUAACAGGUACACCACGAUUGACUAAAAUAAAGUUUAUUCCCUAAACUCGGGGUUUUAAAUGAGGUAUUAGGACCGGCAUUCACAGAUUAGCCUUAAGGGUAAUCACACAAGCCAGCCAAUGACAAAUAAAGCGACGCCUCGUUCAAAUGAUCGCCCAUGCCAUGCUGAAGAGAUUUCUAAAAUAUUACCUCAGAUAAUACAUCAUUUUUCCCACUCACUACAUACAACAAGACGUCAUGCAAGUCUAGCCUGAAACACUGACAAAGGUAACCAGUUUGGAAGUUAUGCUCAAAUGGUCAAGUAUUCACGUGACAGUAUUCCUUUCUUUUCUCUAGUUUACUCUUCUAUUGCGUGGAACUGUAAAUUUCCGUGUUUACAUUCCAAUCACGAUUGGCUCCGUUCGUCAGUCAUCAGUAAAGGGAAAGACCUCUCCGACCGUCACCUUCAUGGGCCUGGCCUCUACAUCCAUGGAGGAUACGGAAGGCAUCUCACCUUAUCCAAAUGAAGGUACGCAUGCGUUGCUAGUUGGUUCAGGUUUAGCGCUUUAGCGCAUGUAUGUUGUCAUUCGAUUUUAUCCUUGGUUAAAAUUUUGUUUUCUGUUGUUUUAAAUUUAUUACCCCACAUUACUUUUACCCUAAAAUAUAGGAAAAUAUAAUUCUAAACAAGUAUACAUUUGAACCGCAACAUGUUCGAGGGCAAAAGACAGAGUUUGAAAUGAGAGAAAUCCACGAGUGUAAAGAGCGUCACCAAAUUUGUAUAGUUCUAGACGUCAAAAAUCCGCAUCCUUCAAUUCUCGCUGGAUGCGUAUAAGUCUCAAGCUGGGUACGGUGUCAGGAAGGGUAGUUUUUCAUUUACUGGCCAACUUUUCCCGGGAGAUGUGAACCCAAUUCCUUUAUUCACCGUCCCAAGUUCGUGUGACUAGCGUAUCUUUCAUAUUUAAGAUUACUUUAACUCUACAGGAUUUGUAAAACGGACAGUAGCUUAAGUUUAUGUUUUUUUCUGAUGGUAUGGUUUGCCGUUCCUUAUUUACAUCCUCUAUUAAUUACAUGGAGUAGAUUUUCUCAUUAUACUUGUAUCAUUCCAUUUCUUCUUGCAGCACCACCAUCCUACGCAGAAAGCGUCAGUGGGCAGACGCGGCGAUAUGAUACAGUGCAUUUCGACAAAGGCAUGGGAAUGCCGCAAUUAAGUGCUACCGUUAAAAAGACUUCAUAGCCUUAGGUGGCACUGGAUCAGACAAGGGGAUCUAGCCGAGGUCCCCCCCCCCCCCCCCCUUUAGCUUCUCCUUAUCGGCCCUUAGUUUGAUUAUCAACGUCUAAAAAAAAACUCAUUAUAUUUUUGUUAAUAAAAAUAUAAAACAGAACAAAUUAACAGCCAAGGAGGAAAGUAAUUCCAGUGAUGCUUUUUUGUAAACUUUGUCCCACCUAGAGUAAUUACAGGCUCAGGUUAAGGGUUUGCCGGGUUUGAUGCAGUUCCAUAAAUUUAUUAUUCCAAUAAAGUCGUAUACAAAAAGUAAACCAAAAAUCAAAGACGUUGGGCCAGGGGAGACAAAAAUUCAGUUGCGCGUAAGAUUCAUAAGAGGAAACGUUUUUGGUAAUCGGGAGAACAUCUUUUAGCUUUUUUAGCCUUAAUCAUCCAAACCAAGAACGCCUCAAAGCCGCCUCAGUGAUUUCUGAAAGCCACAAACUAACUUAUGGGCUAUUCACAUUAUACGGGAUUGACUGUCAUAGUUGAACGAGUUCUUCUCAUCUCCAAUUGUUGCUCUUUUUCGUUUACAUGCAUCAAAACGAAAUUUCGUUCCGUACAACUCAAUCGGGAAUGAGUGCAUUCCGUUUUUCAAUCCGCAUGAAAUUCUAGCUUCGCUCGGGUACGACAUUUCAUUCUGGUAUAGCACGUACACUGAAAACAAGUUUCUCGGAUUGAAGGAAGAAAACCAUGUGAGACAGGAGCCGAUUAAAUGCUUUAGGCUUCGCCGGUCGAUUUUAUCAUGUGAAUGCAGUACGAACUUACCCUGCUAGCAGAUCGAACUUUCCUAGAAGCAACUCUGUUAGCAGGGUCAGGGUUUACUCUGGAACGAAACUCAUUCCGGAAUGAAAGUCAUUCCGGUAUCAUCUAAACAGCGCUUAAUAGUAGGGACCAGAAGUUUAUUACCUUCAUAUAUAUAUUGCUGGCUUUAGCUCCACAAGCUUAAAUUUCGUUUGAAUCAAGUAAGGUCUAUUCUCUCCUAUCAAUUUGCGUUUUACAAGAGAAAAAAGGGUAUGUAUAAACAAAGCACGUUAAGUUCUGCCUUUGUAAAAGGUUUGAAAUCAGUAAAAUUGACUCACCUAGUGUUUGUAUUGUGUGUUUUAAUGUCUGCUUUGAUUUAAUUCUUGAGCCAUUUUGAGCCGUUUUAGCGAGUACUUCAAAACUAUAGGUGUAUCGUUUACCCUGGAACUGAGGACAAAAACUGAUCUACUUCAAACGAAAGAAACUACUUGCGGAAAAUUGGGUUCAUUCUCGGUGUAAGAACCUGUUAAACUCACAAGUGACGUAAAAAAAAAAGAAAACAAAGAAGUUAAUGCAAAAGAACCUAGAAAAACAAAAAGUGCGAAACAAUGAAAAAGUUCACAGGCCAGUUUCACACCGAGGUAAACCCGAAAAUUGUCUUUCGCAUGCUGAAAAUACCGUCAGAAACCCUCUUAGAUCGCAGUUAGGUCGUUUAGUUUUAAUGAAAAAGUUAGUUUCGGACUAAUAACCAUCCUCAGAGACCCAGGGGCAGUCAGUCGGGUUGGGAGAAAAGGUGGGACGAAAGUUUUCAAGUACGCGCAGAAGAGCCCCUGGGUACCGGCUCUCACCGAACUAUUUCCAAAAAUUCAAGCAGAUGCCGGCUCCUGAUUGGGCACCAAAAAUGCUUUGUAUUAUUGUGCCCAAUCGGCAAACAGUUUCUCCUGAGUUCUUUUCGUGAGUUCGUACACGACGGCUCUUGUCUCGAUCACGGCUUGUCUGGCUCAUGCAGCAAAGAAAUGCACGCAGUCUGGAAACUUUCGGUUUGAUAAAAAAUCUCCAUCUGAUUUCAAAAUACUGUCUGCCCGAAAACCAAAGACUUUUUUCCAAAAAUACAAGCUUGAGCUUACAACAGGUAUUCACGCUUGCAUCGGUCACGUCUUGCGUAAAUAUUAAGCCCCGUGCAAACGGACGCAGCAAUGUUGGAUGCUACAUGUUGCGUCCGUUUGCACACCCUGUUGCGUGUUGUUGGAUGUUGCUACGUAAAGUUUGAAACCGGUCAAAUUUUUCAGCCAACAACUCCCAACAUUUCUUUUGUUCCGUGAUCGCCGAAGCGUAGUGCAACGAUGUUGGAUCCGUUUGCACAGCUCUUCCAACAUUGUUGGGACCACGCACGCUCAUUACUCACGGUUUACAAAGACUUAUGGGUUGUAUCCUUCCCACGAUGCACUGCAGGUCUCAACGUUGUUGCCAGUUGUUGCAUCCGUUUGCACACCACUGCCAACACGCACACAACAACUCCCAACAUUGUUGGCGCAACAAUGUUGGGAGUUGUUGCGUCCGUUUGCACGCAGCCUUAGGGAGUUUUUAAAAGAUACCACGACGGCUGACAGCCACGAAAACGUCGCAUGGAAAAGUGAAUUCACAUUUUUUCAGUCUCUAUCAUGAUUAUUCCAGCUCGGUUACUUUGUCAAACGGCAAGCGAACUCUUCUGGAGCUGAAUUUCUAUCAACCAUAUCCAAGUUCUUGAAGAGAAUGAAUUUUGCCAUUUCUUAUUUACGUCCUUCACAAAACGUGAAAUUAGGCGUUUUCACGGGUAGUCGUGCAGUUGACGGCACAGAAAUAUACAAAAAAGCGUGAUGCACGUGCAAAGUUGUUGUUUUGCCUUGUCAAGCUAUUGUUUAUUUGACUUUCUCGUCGCCGCCGCAUCUUAAACUUCCUAUUAUUUACGAUACAUUGUGAUCCGUCAAAAACUGAAUUUUCUCGGGGCAAAUUGAAUUGCUCCCGCUGAUAGCAUCGCAAAAGUUUUUUCCACUCAUCGGUAGUUCCUUUGUUUCUGGUUAGGAAAGUAGAAAAUAGAAGUUUCCCUUGCACGCACAAGCUUGGUGAACGAACCGGGCAAGUGGGGCGAGACAAUAGCCGUCGUGUAAGAACUCACGAAAAGAACUUAGGAGAAACUGUUCGCCAAUUGGGCACAAUAAUACAAAGCAUUUUUUGUGCCCAAUCAGGAGCUGGCAUCUGCUUGAAUUUUUGGAAAUAGCUCGGUUAGAGUCGGUACCCAGGGGCUCUCUUGCCCGUACUUGAAAACUUUCGUCCCGCCUUUUCUCCCGACCCGACUGACUGCCCCUGGGUCUCCGAGGAUGACUAAUAACGAAACAUUUAUAACUCCAAAGUAUUAAAAGAGCCCGCUAUUUUGCUCCCAAGUGUUUGAAAUCUCUCUGGAUCUUUUAGGCGCCGUUUUUGUUAGGGUGCCUGAGAGUCGUUUAGGGUCCACAACAGGGGUUCUCAAAUCCCGCUUUCCCGCCUUUUUUCCUUCACAAUCCCGCCAUCCCGCCCUAUUUUACGCCCGAAUCUCGAUCCCGUCCCGUUUUUUUUACGAGAGUUUUUGCUUUAUUAUUGAAAUAGACAUUAUUUAAGACUUACCUUCUAACAAUUGCCAGUUUUGAUGGUCAAGGUUCUCAACAUCACGAUUGGCGACUGUAACUUUAUUUUUUGUUUUGCUUAUUUUUUCGUCCCUGUAUCGGUACAUUUUAAGUCCUGUAUUUUUGUAGUCUGCUACACAGCCGUAUUUAGAGUCGUCACGCAACGCUCCUCCCAACUAACGGCCGGUUUGUGGGGAGAAGCCUUGCGUGACGACACUAAAAACGGCUGUGUAGCAGACUAGUAUUUUUGGAGUUAGGUAGAUUGACUGUUAUCUGUCUGCCACUCGAUGACUCGACUGCUAGUUUCCAUCAGGCGAUGAAGCCAAUUCUGUCAAUAUUGUUUACGUGGAGUGUAGAACAUGGAAAAUGUAUAUAAACACACUGGUUGUACACAACCAAAGACUUAGAAAAUGGUCUCUUUUAGGAAAACAUAAACCUGCUGUUGAAUCGAAUGUAGCAGGACCCAAAUGCGGGCACCCUUCCAAGCAGGAAGUUUGCUUCUCCAUCUAAAGUGGCAAUAAUCAACAGGGGCAUUCAACGACUGUUUUCUGUAAAAUAUCUGUUCGGUGAAGCAAAUAUUGCCUAGAAUUUUUAGUGCUUGAGGACCGCUAAAACUUUCCAGAUGACCGUUCCAUUCAUGUACAAUUUCCGAAGCUUAUCAACUAAAUUUCCUACGAUUUUCUGAAGUUUAAAUUUCGCAUUUUACCUCCCAGGUUAGAAUAUUUUUUGUAGAAAGUAAGAAAACCUUCAAUUUUCUGAUUCAAAAAUGUGGUGGAGAGAGGAAGUAGAAAAUGUCUCACUUUAGUAAUACGUCAAAUUUCAUCUAAAAUUUUCGGGAACAUUAUACUUAGGGACGGACCAUUAGAAAAGUUAUCGGGGGAGUGGGGAAUUUUUGAGCCGCAGGAAUUUUUUUCGUUAUCAAAUUCCUUGUAUGAAUUUUUUUUAGGCCGUAGCAUGAAUAUUUUUUAGGGUUAAUUGGCGUGCAUGAAUUUUUUGUCAUUUAAUUUUCCCUUGCGCGAAUUUUUUUUGUUUGUACUUCGUCCCCGCCCCCCCGCCCCGAUAAGUUUUUUAAUAGUCCGUCCCUUUAAUAAGCCUCGUAAUUUCGAAUAGACUCAAGUUCCCCUGGGAUGGCCGAACAGAUACAAAUUUUACAGGGUCGCUCAGAAUGCUUUUCUAGAGAUUUAGAAGUACUUUGGAUAGCCAAAAAAGUUAUUUCAAUGCCUUUAGGAGGAAAUUGUCGUUGCGUACCCCUGAAUCAACUUUUGCAAGCUAGCGAGACCAUUUUAGUCGCUGACCGUAACGCGGGGCACAAAGUCCAUUGAUAUUCCAGGUUAUAAUAGAUCUAAUACUGGGAUAGUGAGGUCGUUGAAAACAAUUAAUAAUGGACGCAGUAAUCUCAGGUCGACUCACCUGACUGUUUUUUUUUAAGACUUUCAAGGUCUUCACUUGCCUCGAAACAGGAGCUCUAAAUUUUUCUUUCCGAAGAAACGCAUUCCCACUGGCGCCUUUUUCAUCAUACACAGCCCUUACAAUUUAUGAUGUCUACCACAUAGUCGUCAUUGGCCACUUCAAUCAGUUCUGGUGUGGCCACCCCGAGGCAAGACUUACUUAACGAACUGUCAGUCCAAUAGAUCGUCCAGGUCCAACAGGUCCGUCCAGGCAAAACAGAAAAAGGUCAAAUCCGUCAAGACCCGUCAACAAAACAGGAAUCCGUGCAGAUCAAUGCACGUGACUUCUAACCUCAGUGAUUUGAUUUCUCUUUCCGAGUGACAAAAACGACGAAAAUAGUAAAACCGGAAAAGACGAACAACACACAGUGAAUUUUUAGUUAAGACAAAACUAAAUUCCCGUUUCCCUCUUUUUUCCCCUUACGAUUCCCACAUCCCAUACCCUGCGAGCAGAGUCUGCUUCGAUAUUCCUAGAUAAGUCUGCCUCUUCCCGACUUAUCUAGGAAGAUCCGAAGGAGACUCUGCUCUCAGGGUACGCAUCCCAUCCCCAUAAAAAUAGGAAAUCCCGCUCCCGCUCGUUAUUAAAAUUCCCGCAUCCCGCCCCUGUUUUCAGCUCGCAUUCCAAGUAUCACCACGAAAAAUAGCCAAAUCCUGCAUGCCGCCAAACCUAUUGUGGACCCUCAUCUUAACUAACAGGAAAUAAGUUUAACAAGCAGAAUUAAUAAUAAAUUGUUUUUUAUCGAUUAUUUUUAAGACUUCACUUGACGGUUUAACAAGUUUUAACUUGUUAAAAGAACAUAAUUCACUGGCCCGAUCGCAAAAUCCACUUACCCCGGUCUUAUCGGGCACGACUUUAGUUCGCACGCGGUGUCAUUUUAGCCCUCUGCACAUAUUACUAGCCUAUCUUUCGAAACCCUCCCCUCUCACCUUUGGCUGUAGGUGAUCAAUGCAAUGCACACUGUCCACACUCGUCAUGCAUAUGCAUGUAAUUCCGGUUGAAUGUCAGCUGUUAAACCAUGGGCAAGAUUGAUUACUUCGUCGUUGAAUUUUAUGGAGGGAAAAGGACGUUUUACCCAGGGGAGGCAAUUAAUGGAACCCUCCGUCUCAAAGUGAAUAAGGAGUUAAAACUGCGAGGCCUACGGAUUGAGUUUCAUGGCAAAGCUCACGUACACUGGAGUGAAACCCACGGAUCUGGAAAGAAGAGGAGAAGAAGACACUAUAGUAACAGCCAAACUUACAUCGAUACCUUAGCAACAUUGUUCGGUAAAGGUCAGUUUGGGUUUUAUUCAUUUUGUUAUUGGACGUAGCGUGUAGACUGUCUUGUUGCUUGUCGAGUAUUCAAGCCGGAUCAUUGUUAUGAAAACCGCUGCCGACGUUAAUCAUUUAUAAACCUCUUAUUACAGCUGUUAUGAAAGGGUUUUACAUUUUGAGUUUGUUUUAGAAGCACCCUCGACUAACCUCGACUAACUUUUCUUGUUUACAUUCUGGCUUAGCUUUCUUGAAAAGUGUUAGCAGGGUAUGGCGUGAAGUCUCGAUUUAAGCCACAGGUUGAAUUUUAAAAUUUAUGCUCAAUUUGUUUUAAGCUUAUUUAAUGCACUUUUUGUCACCGGAACUGGUUUCUCUGCAAACUUUCUAUUUCAGUGGAUUUUCCGCUUAAGAAUUUCAGCAGCAUCUGCCUCCUAUUUAAGAGUUUCUUGGCUUCAGGACCAUCAGCACCUUUGUACAACUGUACUUUCGCUUCCCCACAUGGAGCCCCUUGCACUCUUGAAAUAUACACAUCAGCUGCUAAAUCAAGGCUUUUUUUCAACUGAUUCUCAUCAGUCCCCUUAGCAGUAUGAACAGGUCCUCCAAGGGUAGAUGGGAUGUAUAUACAGGCCCGUAACCAGGGGGGGUGCACGGGGUGCGUUCGCGCCCCCCCACAGGCCCCAAAGGUCCGCAUUUUGAUACUCAAUAUCCAAGUUAAGGCGUGUAGUCGGUUAAACUGAAGUUUCAAACUUAACAGUGAUAUUUAAACAAAAUCAAAGAAUGGAAAAAGCAGUAGUGUAUUUACUGGGAAAAUAAAACCAGCUACACUCUUAAGUAGCCCGAGCCAUUCAGAGCAUUUCAAUGAGCGCACAGAUGUCCGAGCUUAUGUAAAUGAAUAAUGAAAUUAACGUGUGCAGGCCCCAGGGCACAGGCUUUGCACAGGAGUUUACGACGAGCGAGACAAUGACAAGGGAGUGAUCUCACGAUUUUUGUCAGACACGUCCGCUAACGCGUUGGGUAGUAUUCUCUAUUUGUACGAGCACAUGAACGCCUGAAGAUGCAAAAUUAGUUUUUUGUGUAAUACGUUAUGGGUAGGAGAGAACAGGAAAAUAGAAAGGGGAAGGCUGCAGCUAAAUCUUGCCAGUCUCUCGAUACAACACAGGAAAAAAUAACGGAUUCCCAUUUUUGGAUAUUUUAGGGUAUUUAAAGAAUACCCACAAAAAUCCCAAAUUUGGAAGAGUGAGACAAGUCCCAAUCUGGGAACUUAGUUGGGAAUUCCCCGGUUGGGACUUGUCUCACUUUGCCAAAUUUGGGAUUUUUAUGGGUAUUCUUUAAAUACCCUAAAAUAUCCAAAAAUGGGAAUACCGUAUUUAUUCGAAUAAGCGCCCAACCUCGAAUUAGCGCCCACCUCGAAUAAGCGCCCAUCCUUAAGGCAGAAAAAGUUAAUAAGCGCCCAGCCUCGAAUAAGCACCCACCCCCUCCUCCUCCCAAUCAAACUCAAAUAAGCACUCACCCCCACCCCACCCACUUGAAUAAAUUCUAAUAAUAGACUUCCCCGAGGACGGAGUUUUCUUCAGAGCAUUUUACAGAAACCUUGCUUCAUAACUUCUUCGCGUUUUGUUAUUAGCAUUUAUUGUUUUGUUGCAAAAUAAACAUACUUCAACUGCUGAAAAUGGUGAAAAUUUAAUAAGCACCCAGCCUCGAAUAAGCGCCCACCUCGAAUAAGCGCCCACUCUCAAGGUCCAAGAAUUUAAUAAGCGCCCAGGGCGGUUAAUCGAAUAAAUACGGUAUGUUUUUUUUUCCUGUGCAAUGGGUCAGUAAAGUACCCCGUCAAGAGCCAUCAAACGCUCACAAUGACAGUGCAGUCUGGGAUGACAGCCCAGCUGAAACCACGACUUCAGAUCUAUCUCAGUUAACUACAGUUUUACAGCGAGAUAUAAACGGUAAAUCAUACUCAUUUUCACAAUGUCCACCAGUCUUGAUCCCAUUAUUAUGCUCUGAGAUUUAGUCGCUACACCCACGGAGGCUGGAGCUCGGAACUGUUCUGACGGAUUAGUUCCGCAGUAUUUUGAUGUAUCAUUUUACAUCGUAAAAUUACUCCUUUAUAACUAAAUUCAAACAGUUGUAUUCGAAAAAUGUAAUAUUCAGUUCCUACCGUGUACUUGGCCGUUACAUUUUCUCAUGUAUUGCUACUUUCCUAAAUAAACGGAUCAGACGAUAAAAAAUACAUUUCCGUAGUUGGGUCCGCUAAGGCCUCGUUAGCACCCCCCGGCAUAAAAUCCUGGUUACGGGUCUGAGAUAUACCUGAUUGAAAAAACGUUGUCGCUAAAAAGUAUAAACCAUGAACGAUGAGGUUUCAAGGAUUUAUGGGUAUACGUUCAUUAGCAAAGCAAAUUCAAAGUUCUUUCGACAAAAGUUUACAUUGUAACGAGAUGCUCGUGCGGAUGCAAAUCCCUAGAGUGCUUUGUUUAAGGCAUGCUGUUGUCUUUGUUUGUCUUCCAAGAAUGCUUUUAGGUCCUAUCUUAUGUCAAGUGUGCGUUAGCGAUACGGCUAUGCUCUUUAACUGUAGAAAUCUCUUAUGUGUCCAGCACUGGUGAAGUUGUGAGCCGUAAAUACUGGAAACGGUUUUGCGUUUUUUGGAAUGCAUCGUCGCGAAAAGCUUCGUAAAUGUAAACAUUUUUGAGAAGAACUUUAAAUUUGCAAUGCUAAUAAAGUUGUACCCAUAAAUCCAUUAGGUCCCAUCAUUCAUCGUUUAUACUUUUCAAGCGACAACGUUCUUUCAAUCAGGUGUAUACAUUUUGAACAAUCGACCAUGUGCUUCGGACUAGAGUCCAGUCCCUGUCUACGAUAUAAAUUGUCUAAAGUGAACUAUUCCCCCACCCCCUGGGGGCUAGUAAGUCAUCUAAGCACUUACAAAUCCCCACGUAUGCCCCGCGUCUUCCUGGGGUGGGGCAGGUGGGGGUUUCCGGUGACAAGUGCAUAACUCCUUUGGUCGCGGUCAGGUUUGCAUAUUAUCGCUGUAAUUUUCGAAACCAAACGAAACGAAGCAAAAACAAAAACCUAUACUUAACGAAAUGAACUCAAAGUUUCGAAGCAAGACUCUGUUUGUGUGUGUACUAGGCCGGGGUGCCACAAACAUUGAAAACAAAAGUAUUCAAUCACCAAUUACAUUGCUGGCACCUUAUUCAGGUAGGGUGAUUUUCCUAUUACAGAUAAAGUAUGCAUUUUCGGCACAGUUCUCCUCCUUCAAUUAUCAAGAGAUGUAUCACUUUGGAAGUAAUUGAUAUACUGCAUCAGUUAAGUCCAAGAAAAAUUCCUCUUCACCCCCUUUGCCCACCGUGUCCAGGCAUACCUCAGGCAUUUACCUCCCUUUGGAACUAGGUGCAAUGUAUUUGAUGUGAAAUGGAGCCCACAAAGGACCACAUAGGGGCUGGUCGUUUAUUAUUUGUAAGGGAGGGCCGGCCAUUUUUCUGGGGGGUCAUUUUCAAAAUCUUGAUUUAUUUUGGAGGGGUUCAUUUUCAGUUGGGAGUGUUACGUACCUGGCCAGUGAUUUUAAUGAAUUUCAUGAAAGUUAGUACAAAGCAGUAACAAGUAUGAACAGAAAUUUUCAUUUAACAGCCAUUAAAUAGUGAAUACCCAUCUCAUAAACACAACUCAGUAGAUUUACAUGUACUGAACUUCGGCACAAUUUAUUGUAGCUAGAAUAUUGAUAAUUUUUGUAGUUUCGACAGCAAUCAGGUGGGGGAGGGGGGGUCACUUUCACAAUACAUAAGAUUUAUGGGGGUCAUUUCUAAAAUGCAAGGAUGAAUUGGGGGGUCAGUUUGAAAAUCCUUUAAGCUUUUUCCUAUUACCAUUAAUACCUACCUACCCAAGUGUACCUAUCUAUCUACUUUGAUUGACAGCUCCAGGUCAGAGUGGCAAUGACCCAGUUCUCCAGCCGGGUGAUUACUCCUAUCCAUUUCAGUUUCUAAUCCCAAACACUAAUAUGCCAACCUCAGUAGAAGGAAGGUAUGGCUAUGUUCGCUACUGGUUAAAAGGAAUUGUUGACCGCCCAUGGAGAUUUGAUAUCACUACCAAAGCAGCUUUCACUAUGUUGGAAUAUGUGGACAUCAAUACACCUCUGCUUUUGGUAAGUUUUUAUUAACGUCAUGAUCUUUCCCUAGCAAAUCAAAUACAACGUAUUGGGUCUGUGCUUACUCAUACAAAGCUUUUUUCCUCUAAUGCAGAGAGAGAAAAUCUGAAAAUAUUAAUUACCAAGUUAAUCGUAACUUUUUUAACAGGACCUUGAAAAACUGGCAGAGACAUAUUUUGGUAGACUUAAUUUUAAUAAAUGUGAUUUGGAAUAGAAAUUGGUUUUGAAAAAUACAAAUAUCUUUGAUCAUUAUAAUUGCAACAUGUUUGCCUUUAGUAUACAUGAACAUGGUGGUAUAGCUGUAGCCUGUUUUUUAUGGUCAGAAUGAAGGUAUAUUAAAUGAACAGAGUAUUAGCAUCAUGAGGUUGCAAAAAAUGACAAAGUAAAGUUCCUUUAAUAGUGCGCGCUAUACAGUGUUGGACAUUGCACUCGCCCACUCACCCAGGCAAGUUCCAAAAUGGUCGGGCAAGUACAAAUCAAGAAUCACAUGCCCUGUUUGGCAAGUACGGUGUUCAUACUGGCACAAUACGUUAAUUCAAAAUUAACGUCACUUUUCACUUUCCACUUGAAAAUAAUCUACACUGUCCUUUAGCCAGAAGCUUACCAUUCUGAAAUGUCCAUCAACCCUGGUCUGUAUUUUUUAAAACAGGUUGGUGAACAGACAAAAUGCUCUUUGCUUCGAUGAUUGCUACAUGAACGAUGAACACUUGUACAAUGUACCAGUAAUAGCUAGUAAUACACUGAGUUGUCCACAGAACCGCAAAAUGCGGGAAAAUAGAAAGAUUAGAGACAGCAUCACGUUUAUGUCAAAUGGCAAACAUGAAUUUGUACCAUGUGACCAAGUUUCAUGCAAUUUUGAGCUGUUUUAUCUGCUCAUUUUCUAUUUUGAGCGAUUCUCAACUUGAAUGUGACGUUUGCUGUUUGCGGUAUACAUGAAGCUUAAACUCUCCAUUAACAGUCACAUUUGCGGCAAGCGGCAAACGUUGAGAAGUUUUCAGAAAAGAAAAUAAUCAGAUAAAAACUAUCCAGAGCAAUUCUUAUGGAUAAAACUGGCGUGUCUUUUUGAGUUAAAAGUAACAAACAGUAAAGAACAAUUAAGAAGAAAUCUGAGAUAUCUCCAAGUUUGCACACAGACUAGCAAAAACUGUGAAAAAUUGGAGAAAUUGCAGUUUUUGCUAAAAUUGCUAAAUACAAGUGCGCGAAAAAUUGCAAUUUAUGCUGCUGCCUGCAAACCUCACAGGACAUAAGUGGAAAAACUUGGUCACGCAGUACAAAUUCACGUUUUGCUGUUUGGCAUAAACGUGACUCUUAAUCAAUCUAAUGGCUCUAUCUUGCCACCGCUUUUAGUGUAUAAUUUCGACACUUUGACUGAGUCUUUUGUUAUUUCUUUUUUGUUUAUUUAAAUAAGGUUUGUUUCAGGGCAUGGUGAGUGAACUUCCAUGCAGCGAAGAGGGGGUUAUUUUUUAUGGUAGGAGACUGGUUAAGUGAAAACUUAUCUGGAUGAGUGCUCCAAAAUUUUAGCUUCCAACCCUGUUAUAUAUAGUAGCAGUUUUUUAGUAUACUUAUAAGGCUUAGAUAGGGGCUAAAGUGACUUGAGUCAAGUCUAAUAUGACUAUUACAUAUUUCCAACUCUUAUUUCCUCAGCAACCUUGUCAGAUCCAAGAGGAUCGCAAUGUGGGAUGCCUGUGCUGUGUAUCUGGUCCACUUAGUACUAUUGUCUACACUGACAGAGGAGGUUACUGUCCAGGAGAAUCUAUUGGUGUCUCAGCAGUCAUUAAUAAUAAUUCAAAAAAUGAGAUUAUUGGACUGGAGAUACAACUUAUUCAACUCACUGUCUUCAUUGCUUCUGGUGGUGGGUAAAAGAACCAACGUCAUGCUUAAGAACAAGUCUAGAACAAAUUAACUAGUAAUAGUUAACACUACACCUGCCCCCGCUCUGUAUAUUGUCAGUCAAUAGCAUUCGGAUCUUGCUCGUCGUGUAGCUCUUUGAAAUAUACCGAUUCAUAAGGAAGAUUUUCACACAUAUUCCAUACAAUAGGUGAGAUAAAUACAGGAAAUGCAAAGAUCCAUGCACAGUUUCAGGUCGAUUUACACAGCUUUGAUCAAAAUAGCCUGUUCCAGGCGUUCAGAUAGUGGGGAGCGGUGCAAAGUAAAAGGGAGCGCGAAAAAGUAAAAGCGAGGGAGGAGGAGAGGUGAGAGAGGGAACGCCUGUUAGAUUUGUUUUAAAUAGACUCUUCCGCCCAGUCAGACCGCAUCAGCUGUAGGUGGUCUUCACUUGUCAAUCAAGACUGGUGUUACAGCCAGAUGCAUUUAUUAUUUUUCUUGCGAAUAAAUCGAAGUUUGUCAGAUCAAAAAUUAAUUUAUGUUUACAUAAUCUUACUAAAAACCCAAUGUAAGACUUUCAGACAAUAGAAGGCGGGAGAAGUAUUCAUGUAUAAUGAAUUUAUUUACGGCUUUAAAAACAUGAUUUCAGCGUGUACGUGACAAAAAAUUAUGAAUCAAGUGACAAACAAAUAUCGCUCAUUUCGAUAGAAAGCCGUUUCAAUACAGAUCGUUAACUCAAGCAAUGAAAAUGCACAACAAUUGAAGGGAAAAUUUACUAUUCGGUGAUUGAGUGGACCUCGUCAAUAGCGAUAGCGGCAACUUGCUUUGCAAGCUUUUCUUUUUGAAGUCCUUUUGUCCAUUCAUUAGACAACCACGAUUUGGCACUUCAGUAAACAAUUUCACAGCUUCCACUUUUAACGGCUUCAUCCAUAUCUCCUCCCAUCAUUGCCGCCGCUACUCCGAUCUGACUUGUUCAAAUAAUCCACUUGGUCCAUGAUGGUAAUCAACGGAGUUACCACAACAAUCGUAAAUGGCAUUCUAUCCUGCCUUCAUUCCAAAGCACGCUUUAUUCGAGGAAAAAACUGGAAAAUAAGAAUUUUUCCAAAGCCAGUCGGUGAGAAAUUGCUAAGACAUCUAUCCUACCGACUACGUGUUUUAAACAGUUUCUUUGCUUUUCGCUUUUAGCCUCCACGUUUGGAAAGUCACUCAGCGCUGUGUUUGUUGCGAGUUUGAAUUCUGCGUGACGGCACGUAGAGUCUGUCAUAACGGCCAUAUCGCAUUUCUCGCUGUGAUCGAAGACGCUCCACUGUUGACAAAAACUGUCAAAAUCAACCAAUCAGAGGGUAUACCAGGAUCUGGUAUACCGGAACGCACUUUUGUUAAGAAUUCUUACAAGCGUUCCCGCACCUCUCUCCCCAGUCCCCCUCUACUUUUCAUCGCUUUCUCUACUCCACACCGCUCUCCACUAUCUGAACGCUUGGAACAGGCUAUGAUCAAAACAUUCUCAGUUUCGAGAAUAGUUUAUUCUAAACCAGAAGAAAAGAUUUAAUUAGAGGUUGAAUUUUUUGCUGUUUCUCUUUCACUUUUUACAUUCAGUUCAUUUUUUUGCCGGAAAGGAAGCCUUAGAAAUUAGACGUUUGAUCAAUUCACACUCGCACAGUAGUCUUAUUUGAAACUUUGUAGCGGAAGGACAUCCUGAGCAGGGAAUAAGUGAGCACAGAAUUUGAUUGUCAGCGAAUUUCUGUAAUCGUCCAUCGUUCUGUUAGUGAGAAGCUAGCCGUUGUUCACUCGUCUUGCUUGUUUGGGGCUGAGUCUUAUUCCGGUCAAAGAGAGAGAAAGAGUGUCUGGCAAGGUUUCCAAUGAAAGAUUUGUGAACUCGUGUCUGGCAAACUCUCCAAGUGUCUAUGAUACACAGUUAUACGCAUCUUAUAACUUCUUCUGCGCUUAACGAGUGUCGUUAAAAUUUUGGUCCAUAACUUUCACUGAAACAACUGCUCCACAGAAUGUCACUAAUAACACGUAACGCAAAAGAGUGUAGAAGUAUGACUGCACAAUAAAUGUCAAAAAAUUUACCUAAGCGGUCCCUUGGGGAUGUUCUGUCUUUACGUCAUCCUGACCAUUUCGUACUUGCGGGCGCAAACAAUAGAAACGUCAUCAUUACCUACCGAUUCCUCGCGGCCCCUGUUCAAGCAAAUCGAGAUUUUUCCUAUAUUGACUGUAUGACUGUAUAUUUCAACUGUAAGUACUUUCCUUAAUAUAUUCGCAAGUUACGAGAGUGCCUCCUCAGGAUAAAUCGCCUUCUUGGCGAAGUCCCUGUGGGGGCAACUAAUAGUCAAUUUAAUUUGAUUCAGAAUUUGCGUCAGCACUGUUUUGAAUUGCAGUGGGAACCGCAUAAUAUUGUAGUUAUAAAGGUGUGAAAGAUAUUAACCUUUUCACCAGAGUGAUUGAGCAAGUUUUGUAAGGAGGCUAUAACGUUUGAGUGACUACUCAGUUUUUGAUUUACUAUGAAAACUUUUGGCAGAUGACUUUCACAUGGUACUAUUUGUCAGGUCAGGGUGGAUUAAAUCGAGUGCUAACACUUAAGUAUGGGGACUUUACAUAUAAGCAUAAUUAAUUCACAAGAAAGCUUCACUUCUCGUUGGAGAGGAAAAAAAUUCCUGAAAGGCUUCCUAUGCUCAUAUUUAUUUGACGGAGUUGAAAUCAUGCUCCGAUUUGGCUGAACUGUCGAACACCCAGCUACUUUGAAGCUAUACCCCUAAAACAGUGGCUCGUGGCUACAUGGCUACAUAGCCAAACCACAAAACAAAAACAAAUCAUGCGUCCCAUAGCCACAUAGCCACUGUUUUAGGGGUAUAGGUUAGAAGUGGCUGCAGUUGCUCCCAUGAUUUUCAUCUUCAUCAUCACCAUCAUCGAUUUAAUUCAUUUCUAGGAAAACGAAAACACUGGGAAGAUAAGGUUGCAUCCAUGUUUCAAGAAGGAGUGAAGCCUGGGGAAGAGACUCGCAUGCCAAUGGUACCACUUCCAGUCCCCUCUCUGCCCCCAACCAUGACGAGUUGCAGUUGCAUAAGGAUAUCAUAUUUUCUACGGGUAAUUUACCCAUUAUCUGUCCAUUUAGCUGAAUUUUUUCACAUAUCUGAUUUUUUUUUCGACGACUGUCAUUUGCUGCCUUGCCAACAUUUUGCCAUUAAUUCAAACCAACCAUAGUUGUUCUGGUUUGAAUGACAGGACUUGCAUCUGGUGUGAAUUCAUUUGGUGAGGGAAUAUUUUUAGUACAGCUAAGAACUCUUGUUUUGCCCCAUGUAAGGGAAUCCUGAUUCCAGAAUCCAGGAAAAUUUUGCUUAUGGAGCAUGGAAUACAGCUCAAGGAAUCCAGAAUCCUGCUAAUGAUUGGAAUCCAGAAUGCAAGACUGUCCUGGAUACCCUUACAUGGGGUGACCUGUUACUCGAACUAUAAUAUUAUUUUUCGUGCUAGCAGACCUCAUAUGGCAAGAAAAAAAUGAGAGGAAUAAGAUAGUCCUCUCUCCUUCAUCCUUUCAUUUUUUCUUUUGCCUUGAAACCUCGGCUAGUAAGGAACAAUUACGAGUUUAAGUGCCGAGGUUUGUUUCAUUCAUUAACAAACGAAUCCUGAAAAUGCUCAAAUAUGUUGAGUUGGAUAGGCCAAAUUAAUAAGAAAUUAUUUUCCCCACAUGUACUGGGAAGUGUGCAGAGUUGAUAUAAAAUCGAGUUAAAUGCCAACAGUUGUAGGUCAGUUCUAUUUCGUUGCUUAUUUGUUUUCUUGCCACGUUUCAACAGCUGAAAGUUAGAGUGAAGGGUGCCUUCAAUUCAACACUAAACAUCCCAAUCACAAUUGGCUCAGCUCCAUAUCGACCGCCCUUUCCAGCCCAAUACCCACCCCCAGGUGCUGCUUUGACUCCUAGUGCCCCACCACUGGCGGGAUUUGACGGAGCAUCAGCAUAUCCACGAGCCGCUACACAGUAUGGUGACCCUGCGCAGAAUUAUCCAAAUAUUGGUAAGAAACAUUUUGUAUCGUGACUACUGUAGUAUUCCAAAAUUAAUCCCACCCGAACACCCACCCACCCAUCCCCACAAAAAUUACGGCUACCCGUGGGGUUACACUAGACCUUGUCCCCAAAGCGGGUUGGGCUCGCUCUGAGAUCUGAUCACUUUCAUGUUUUCGGUUACACGCCGAUAAAUUGCCCGAGGGGAAGAAGAGCUUGGAUCCGGUUUUGUGGGGUCAAGAAAGAAAAAGACUGGCUCCAGAACUCUUUGACCUACGGUUUUGCUUAUCAAACAUUACUUGUUUUUGAUUUCAGCUCCUCCUUCGUACGCAGAGUGUGUUAGCGGUGGAGCGUCAAUUGAUGACGAGGGCGAUGAAAAGACGCUGGGUGAUACCAGCUUUACACCAAUGUACCCGUUUGUUAAUAACUACCAAUUUCCCUCUGCACCGCCUCCUUCAUAUCCCUAA